AUUUUAAAUAAUACUAAUUAUGCGAGACAAUUUUAAAUUUAUGAAGUUGAAUUUCCAUUUUCAAGCAUACGGGAAGUUCCAUAACUAUCGUUUGUUGUUUGUUAUCAAAAUAUGAUUCCCCCUCCCUCACUGAUUCCCCCAUCACGCCUAACUCAACAUUUCUCCUGUAGCGUAGCCACUAUUUUUUUAUACUCUUUUUACAACUGGUAUUCUGUGCGUACCAGCAGCCCACCUUAAACCAUCAUUUUGGUAAGUAGGCAUAUUUAAUCAAUUUUCAAAGAGCUGGGCAGGAACUAUCUGACUAUGAUUCUGAUUCUAUUAUUAUUAUUUUCUAUCUAUCAUGAGUCAUACUUAGAGAUAGAUUCUAUCAACCACUGUUUUUAACAAUACUCAUGACUCCUACUCAUAUAUUAUAUUAUAUAUAAUGAUAAGUAAUUUUAAUUUUUGUUAUUGUUAAGUUAGACUAUAUUGUAUGUAGUAUGAUAACCCGGCCCUUUGUGAAUGUGUGUUACUAUGUUCUAUUAUUAUUUUGUAGUAUGUAUCAGUAUCAGUACAGUGUACAGUAUCAUAAUCUAAAUCAUAUAGUUGCUAGUUACAUGUCAUUGAUGUAGCCUACUAUCAUCAUUUACUAUGACUAAACUGCUGGACCAUUCUUACCAAACUUAUAAACCCACUAUGACUAUACUAAACUAUAAAUAAAUUAUAAUUUAUUGUUAAAUUAUAAUUUAGUAUCAGAGUACUAUUACUAAUCAAUCACUGUACGGUACUAAGAAUAAGAGCUAUCUAUUAAUCGGUAAUAUCUUAAUAAUUUUUAUAUAAUAUAUUAUAAUAUAUAUUAAAUAUGUAAUUGUAAUGUAUAUUAAUUUAUUGCACUAAAAUAUAUGAUUACCAAUCGGUAGCCAAUCUAGUCUCCAGCCAUAUGAAUAUGAUUGACUACUAUUCAUCAUAGUGGGGAUUUAAUUAGGCUAUAAGUUUAAGUAUAGGCCUAGCCUACUAAUAUACUUUACUAUUAAUUAUAUUAAUAGACUAUAAACCAGAUAUCUAACUAAGGCCAGCGGUGAGAUACGGCCCGAUAGAAGUCCUAAAAAUUAAUCAUAAUCUUGACCGCUGUAGCUAUGACAAAUAUGGUGGGAACAUAAGACCAUCAUCUAAUUUAAUUUGAAUUUGAGCCAAAUGCAAAAGCAGGCCCAUACAAACUCAAAAAUGCCAACCUGUGGCAAAAAAAGAACUGAAAUGAAAAAAAAAAAACCAGGUCAAUGCAAAAAGAAUGUGCCAUUUACAUGUUUUUGUAAAGUUUCUGUUUUGGAUUCACUACCUUUGUUUUUGUCACUAGAGUUAAAUUUUCCUUCAUAUGACUAUGACCAUGGUAUGUUUUUAAUAAAAAAAUUUUUGGUUGAUUAAUUAUAAUUCUAAAAUUUCAUUGGUUGGGUAAUUAUAAUAUUUUAAUUUUUCCACCAUAUUUGAAAAUGGAUUAUUGCAUGACGGCAUGGUAUUUUAUUCAUUUUCUGGUUAUUCUUUUCGGUGGAACAUGAAAUAAAGUGUGUAAAAGUGUAUUCUAUGAAACUGUAUGUUGGGUUUUCAUUAUUUAUUUAUUUUAGAAUUUUUUUUUUUUAUUGUUUUUCUUCAUUUUUUAGUUUUCUUACCAAAAUGUAAAGCUUCAUCCAUACAAGUGUUUUUUACUUGAGGCUUUAGGGCUAGUUUUACGGUUUGGAAUACAUUUAGGGCUCAGUUUAGGUUUAUGAAUACAUUUAGUGUGCAGGUUAUGUUUAGGGAUAGAUUUAGGGUUCAGGUUAGGUUUAGGGAUACAUUUAGUGAUUUAGGGUUCAGGUUAGGUUUAGGGAUACAUUUAGUGAUUUAGGGUUCAGGUUAGGUUUAGGGACAUCUUUUCAUUAAAUUUUAACGUUUUAUUCCUAAUUUUACCAGAGGGAAGUUAUUUUAUUUUUCCAUGGCCGUCAUCUUGGUUGCCACAACCCAUGAACCCAUUAAAGUCCACGGGUCGCAGCAACCAAGAUGACGACCGCGUGAUACGCCGUGGCGCAUUCUCUUUGUAUUUACCAAAAACCACAACUGCAUGAAAAAAUUUACAGACAAAGAAAAAAACAAAUGUGUUAAAAAAAAGUAUGACUUAUCAUUUUUUUCAUCAUUUAAAAAAAUAUUUUGAGUGCAUGAUUGAAUAAAAAAAUGAGAAACCUCCCAUUCACUGCGUACAUUUUAGCAUGUAUAUAUCAAUCAUAAAUGGCAGAAUAAAUCACAUCUUUUAAAAGAAAAUAGCCUGUUUUCAAUUGCAUAAAAUUAAGCCAUGCCAUUUUAAUAAAUAGGAAUGAUGACUUAUGCAAGUUGUUGAUUGAUAUUACUAUUAAAUAUCACACAAGCUGAUGUUUAAAUGUGGUUAACCACUCAAAUCAGUUAUUACAGGCUACAGUAUCUUAGUAUUAACAAAUGAUAUCAAUGAAAUGUGGUGUUUCUAAUUUUAUAUGGCCUUGUCGAUUCUCAAUGUGUUCAUUUUGAACAGACCAAAAAGAUUUAAGCUUCUUGUUGUCCAACUUUGAAUUCUAAAUCCAAUGAAAAACCUUACAAAAGCCUGUACGGCUAUACAACUUGGCAGAUGUAUAAAAACCGUACAAAGUAUGGGCAAUUCAUACAGAUUGGAAUGUAUAAAUAAUUUCCCUUGAAAUACUAAUUACUUUAUUUUUAUUAAAAUUUUUCAUUUAAAUUAUUUUUUUCCCCCCAGGUUUUUUAAAAUUUAAAUUAAAAAAAGAUUUUUUUUUUUUUGCACUUCAAAUAAGAUAUGUGCAAUGUGCUGAGAAAUUUGUUCAUCUAUUUAAAACACUACUGCCUAUGCCUAUAUUCUUUUCUAUAGACCAGUGGUCCUCAAAGGUGGCCCCUGGAUAUAUAUAUAAUAUACUAUUAAUCAGCUUUUGAAGCCAUUCCUCGCUGAGGUAUUUUAAAAAUAUUGUUUACUCUGAUGCAGAAAUUAAAUAACUAAUUUUAGAUUAUUGAACGUUUCAAACAUUAAAAGUAUUGUCUCUGAUAGGCCCCUAGGCAGUUGAAUUUUGCCCCCCCCCCUUUUUUUUCCCUCAAAAAAAUUAUACCUUAAUGUCACAUCAACAGUGGCGUAGCUAGGGUUGCUGACGCCCAGAGAGGGGUAAAGCUUUUUGCCACCUCCUUUCAAGUGAAAAAAUCUUUACAGUUGGCCUAAAAUGCUGCCCCUCAAAAUAAGGGAAAAAAAAGUGUGGCCCAGAGCAGACUGCCCCCCCCCCCCCCAAAACCCUUCCCCCGCUGCAUACCAGUUGCUGGUACGUGUAACUAAAACUUUUUGUUUAAUUUGGUGGGUUGGGGUUCUGGAAGGGGUUAUGGGGAAAAUUUUCAUAAAUUCAUAAAUGCAGGGAUGCAUUUUGGCACAUACCUUAAUUUAGUUUUCAUCAUAAAAUUAUGUGCUGUCUUCUUAAUUAACUUUAUCUUCGUUUGUUAUGUAGUACACUUUUCCCGUGCUUGAACUUUGUUUCACCCCACAUUAGAUCCCUAGCAGACGGUAGCAUUUGUUGUGGGCGUGGCUUAGUCUUUGAUGUAUCUUGUUUACUACAGGUUUCCAAUUAAACAUGGUUAGUAGGUCUACUAGUAUCUUGUCGAAGGUCCUCAGUUGUAUUGGAAAAGUAAGGGCGUUUCUAGACGCGUCGGUAGACCCACAUAUUUAAGGGAUUGACAGGCACAGAGAGGGACGGAGAUUGAUAGGUAUUUUUAACUUCACGAGACGUGUAUUAUUCUUUGUGUACUUAUAUGUGUUUAUUCGCAUUGAUCAUUCAUCAUUAUUGAUUGUCACAUUGUACUAACUGUGUUAACUGUGUACCGGUUCAAGAUCGACCAUACUGUAAGUUGAUGAUUUGUAAUGAUAUUUCUUUUGUUUUGUAGUUGUAUUAUUACUAAAUUGAAUCGAAUUAAUUGUAAUUGGUACUGUUUGCGUACUUUUGUUAUUUUAUUUUUCUAUGGUAUCGUCCUUUGUUAGGAACUGUUUGAACGAGCCAUAAAUUUAAAAUAGGAGAUUAAUUUCUCACAAGAGAAGGCAGUGCGUAAUACGUUGCUAGAGAUAUACAAUGCCCUCCCCCCCCCCCCCGCCCCCCCCAGUUUNCCCCCCCCCCCCCCUCCCCUACCAUUUUUUUAAAGGAGCCAUCCGAGCGGGCCCCCCCCCCCCCCCACACACACACACUUUUCCCUACGCUAGGGAUAUAGGCCUGUUUACGAAAAGGUAGGAUAAUUUACGAUUUUGAGUCCCAUGAGGCUAUUGCCUGGGGUGGCCACCCAGUAGACCCCAACCUCCUUUUGUUUCACAUCUUUUGGUCCCUUGGUCGCUGACCCACUUAAAAUAAAAAGUACAAUGCCAGCUAUCCACCCCAGCUGUCGUCAAAAGACGACAUUCUCUCAAAACCCUACAUUUGACGCUGUCUGUCUAAGGAAACGUUUACUGGACUUGUUUUCUUCGGUGUGGUCUCACGGGGCUUGCAAACCCAUUUAGUUCCAAAUAAUGUUUCCCGUGCUGCCAGUGCAUUGGAACUUUUCACUAGCAAAUUUCCCUUUUAACAUUUUUAGUAUCGCGUAUCACCCUUUUUUUUUUUUUUUACCCAGUGGAAGGUUUUAAUGUAUUUGCCUGCUGCCUCUUUUAAAGCUUUAACUUUUAAUCAAGCAAUGUAAUCUGAUUUUUGGGGGGUCUCAUUUUCCCUGUUCUCAGCCAGUGCAUUGGAACUUUUCACUAGCAAAUUUCCCUUUUAACAUUUUUAGUAUCGCGUAUCACCCUUUUUUUUUUUUUUACCCAGUGGAAGGUUUUAAUGUAUUUGCCUGCUGCCUCUUUUAAAGCUUUAACUUUUAAUCAAGCAAUGUAAUCUGAUUUUUGGGGGGUCUCAUCUUCCCUGUUCUCACAUGACGACAGUAGCUAAAAGGCCGUCCUUUGAUGAAUAUUAGCACAGGAAGACUUUUAUUUUUUUUUUCUCCCCUUACUUAUUUUUCUUCCCCACCUCUAUAAAUAAUUUUUAAAAAAUUGAUAGUUAGACUUUUCUCAAGAUCACAUUAAUAAAAAAAAAAAAAGAUUCUUUGUCGCGAGGCCCCUAAUGGCACGGGAGCCCCUGAAAGGUGCCGGGUCCUUAGGCACAUGCAUCAUUUGACUUUAGGUUAAUCCGGAACUGGAGUAUGGUAUGUCACACAAUUUGCUUUUAGUGCCACAGGAGAUGGUAACAAAUUUGAGACCGCGGCGGUCCUGUUCACUCUCAAUCACUUUUAGUUCAGGGACUCCCGACCCCCGAGUAAUAAUUUGAUUAUAUGCCCUUGAUUUGGAUGACUCAUAAUUGAAAUAAAAACAACUCCAAAAAACCGAAUAUAGUGUUACCCCUCAUCACUGUAUACGUUCUUAUGGUAGAGAGGGAUUUUAACCAGAACUUCAUUUUCACCUGUUACCAGGAAAAGGGGGGGGGGGGGUGAUUCACGUGGGGAGUGGGCAAAUUGAGUUGCCACCUGGUUCAGUCUACCUGCCCCCCAACGUUCUUAUGGUAGAGAGGGAUUUUAACCAGAACUUCAUUUUCACCUGUUACCAGGAAAAGGGGGGGGGGGUGAUUCACGUGGAGAGUGGGCAUAUUGAGUUGCCACCUGGUUCAGUCUACCUGCCCCACUCUGUGUGUGUGUGUUGGUCCAACUGGGGGACUAGGCCCCACUUAUAUUGAGGAUUGUUAUCAAUGUCGCCUCCCACGUGUAGGUCUAUUUAAAGGAACAUUGACACACCUCGGUGUGUACAUAGUCUUCGGCAAAGACAUCCAGUGAGUUGUGUGGAAAGUUUUGUUUUAAAAGUUGUUUCACUCAUUGUGGACGGUGCGGGCCCGCCUGUUGGGAAAGAAACGAUUUGUUCAAUCAUGGACGCGGUGGAUUCUUAAGUUGGUGAGCGCUCUUUUAAAAAAAAACAUGCUUAUUUGAAAAUACAUCUGAAUUAAGUCCAAUUCAUAACAUGUAUUUGAUGUGCUACACAUGUGUUUACAGUAAACAGAAGCUACAUUGAAGAGCCGUCGUUCUUUAGAAAUGUCCAUUUCCAGUGUACCAAGGCUGGCGCACUAUUAGGCAAAGAUGUGCUAUCGUCAAUUAUAAGUGUUGAUUUAUGCAUGACUCGUGGUCCAAUAGUUAUUUACGGAUUUGCUCGAGAGCUCCAGCACAGCUGUUCACUCUGGUUCAUUAACACAUGGCUCAGUGAGUUGUAGAUGACGUCACAUCUGUUUAAUGACCCUGCGGACUGCACCAUUUUAAAACUUUUUUUUAUUGGCAUCCAUAUUAGUCAGUCUGGAUAUUCAUGUUAGUUGCCACAACAGAGUUGCAUAUGUAGCCUUAGUGGUGGCGUUGUUAAUGUCAUACAUACUGGCAGUUUAUCAGCAGUGGGUUGUCGACAAAGAAAAGAUCCUAAGAUAAUUUCAGGCUCUCAUAACGUGUUCCAUCAGUUGUAUCAAAUCUCAACCAUAGCUCGGAUCACUCCGAUAUUAUGAAUUGUUGUAGACAUUCUCGAAUGUGAUUUGUAUAUAUUUUCUCUCUUGAGGCCUUUAAAUUAAAAUGCACCAGGAGGAUAGGUCCACUCUGAUUAACUUCGCUAGAAAUUGAGCUGGGCCGUUAAGUUUUGUGUUUAUCACAGCAGGCUCAAGUCUUUAUUUUCUAUGAUGAACACUAGGUAUGGAGCUCUUAACCUUCUCGAAAUGCUGCACCAACUCUUUAUUACAAAACAUCAUUCCCACAGCCAGGGACGGCAUUUUCCCCCCCCCUCCCCCCAAGUUGUAGUUUUUAUUUAAAUUGCUAUGUACUGUGGCGCCUCCAGUAACACCCUAACGAGCCGACCAAGUUUUGGUUUUUGCCCCCUCCUCACCCCCCACCCCCGGAAAAAAAUCUGAAAAUGACGCCCCUGCCCACAGCCCCACGAUAAGAGUGCUACUCAAAAAUGGAAAUAAACCAAAUUUUCUGAGUGGUCCCGCAUCCCCUGACCACCAGGAGGUGGUCCCGCAUCCACUGACCACCAGGGGGUGCGGGCGUCCCGGUUUAAGUAAACAUGCACUAAGCUGCUGUCUAAUAUAGUCUAAUUAAAUGUCCACCAUGAUUGCCCUAGCAUAGAGUUGGCUCAAGUCUUUGUGUUUAUCCUACUGCUGGGGGUGGGGGGUCUUGUAAACAUUCUCAGUAGACAAUAUCACUUGCUGAUCAUAACCUAUUUUUAGUUCAAAGGAACAACCGGAUCAAAGGACAAUGCUUCCAGCCUCCAUUCCUAACCUUCACUGCGAUUACUUAACACCCGACAUCACUUACUGCCAUCCCGAACUUCCACAGCCAUUAUUGCAACACCUGACAUCAAUAACUUCCGCUGCCCUCACUGAGCUGAACACCUGACCAAAUAAACCCAGCACCCCCCCCCCUUGCAACAUCUUACAUCAUCAAAACAUAAUUAAAAAAGCCACACUAACAUUUAUCCUUUUAUUCAUUUUACGAGAAGGGCCGCAGAUGACAUUCUAAAUAUGGAGUUUUAGUGUGGGCUGCCGAUAAUAUUUUAAAUACCGUAUAGGGUUUUAGUAAGGCCUACCCAGGGGCGCCUAUUCCCCCUGAGUGGUGGAAGCCACCCCCCCCCUUCCCGGGUCUUUGGACUUGGUAAAUUCUGUGUGUGGGUCAUUUCAGUCAUAGGUAUUGAUAAUUUAAAGGGAGUUCACAUCUUAAAUACAAAAAUUUAGUUAAAAACUGUUAGAACAUUGUUGCAGGGCCGGCGCUAGGGGAUGGCGAAGUGGGCGGCGAGGGCCCCGCGCGUUGCCAUAGUAUAUGUAUAAUAUACCUAAGCCUACUAAUAGUUCCUAAUCCAGUCAACAGAAUAUUCGGAAUUAUUAGAUGGCCAAAUGGUCUGAAGGUCAAUCUGGCUCCCUACUAUCUAUAACGUGUUUUAAUAUCCUAUCGGCGUCAACGGCCCCGCAAAAUUCAAUUUGCCCAAGGCCCCGCACCCUCCUAGCGCCGGCCCUGAUUGUUGACUAUUGAAUAAUAAUGUUGAUAACAAUUAUAAUUUCGCUUCUAGCUCAAUAAUUCUUUUUAUUUUUCGGCAAUUAAAAUGAUACAAUCCUGAGAUAAUAUUAAAACAUGCAUUUUUAGGUCUACAUUUUUUAAAUUAAGGUCUACAUUUUUUAUUUAGGCUAUAAAUCUUCAAACUCACAUUUUGGUUGUUAGACUGACUCUAAAUAAGGGGUUUUCGUAAGGCCCACCUAUGACAUUCUAAAUAUGAGCUUUUAGUAAGGCCCACUUAUUAAAUUCUAUAAAUCGGGCUUUGUUAAGGCCCACCUAUGAAAUUCUAAGUAUGGGGUUUUAGUGGCAUGUAUUUAGAAAUUAGUUCCUCAUGCCCCUAUACCAAGAUCGUAAAAAAAAAAUUAUUAAACCAAGCCCGGGUUUUGAGCUAUAACAUCUCUGCUCUCUGAAAUGUAUGCUCCACAGUGUUAAAACAACUUUCUAUUUAACGUUUGAAACAUGUAAAUACUUUAACUCGUCUGUGCGUUUAAAAUGAACGCUGAAAGUCAAGGGAAAGAUGCGGGGUUUCCUUGUCGAGGGGGUGGAGCAUGGGAAAGCCGUGCUGAUGGAAGUGUGGAAAGAGCGUGCUCACGAAAAGUGCUGUACAAAAUGGUAACACCGUUCGUAACAGUGCUUUUUUAAUUGGGAAGAUCAUGGUCUUUGGAAUAACCAUAGCAUCUCAUUUCUGCUGAAAUCAGACCUACGUUAUGUGAGUUAUAAAAAAGGUAACCCCAGCCAAAAAAAAAAAAAGAGCAUAUCUCUAUGCCAGGAAAUGCACUCGAAGAAGGGGAGGCCUUCACACACUUCGGCAAUACCUUUGACAUUAAUGGUGGAUACGAAGUGGAUGUCAGGGCUAGAAAUCGGAAAGACUAUAUCAGUAUUUGUACGGCUAAAGAAAAUAUGGGAGUCAAAGGAGCUGACUCUGCAGAUCAAAGUCAGAAAUUUCAACACAAAUGUCGAAACAGUCCUACUCAAUCGAGCUGAAACGUAGAGAAGAACAGCGAGCAUCACGCAGAAAGUACAGACCUUCGUAAAAAUUUGCCUUUAAAAGAUCCUGAUCAUCAAAUGGUCAAACACCACCUGGAAAGGACAUACCAGGAACCUAUUGCUGAAGACAUCAUAAUGAAAAGAUGGAGGAGGAUAGGGCACACUCUUCGCAAAGCCCCAGUUUAUCACCAGACAAUACCUAACAUGCAAUCCACCGGGAAAAAGAAAGAUAGGAAGGCCUAAAGAAUACACGGAGACGCGAGUUGGCGGCAGACACACACAGUAUGAGAUACACCUUGGAAGCCACUGGAAAGGAUCUAAAUCAGGGGUCGGGAACCUUUUUAUCUGAGAGAGCCAUGGACACCACAUAUUUUGAAAAGUAAUUCUGUGAGAGCCAUAUCCUCCUCAUCCUCAUGUCCCUUAGUCCUUGGACCGUUGGGGCGCCAAAGAUGACAUGUGAACCAUCCUCCUCCAUCCCUCUCUGUCUUCAGCACUACGCACUGCAUCGCCCAGUGUUAGUCCUGACCACUCUUUGAUGUUAUCCUCCCUUUUUCUUUGUCUUCCUCUUCAUCUCCCUCCUCUUGUGGUGCCAUAUACGUUAUGUUUAAAACUAAAAAUUCAAGAAAAUGUGUGCAUUUUGUGUAAUUUCAACACUAAAAAUGCAAUAAAUAUGCCUGUGAAUUCCUUUUAAUAAAAUUGUUAUGCUGUUGCUAAUCUAUCAUGAGUAUUUCUUACCAUUAACGCCACUUUUUUUUUUUAAUAUUCGAACAUUUGUCUGCGAGCCAGAUGCAGCCAUCAAUAGAGCCACAUCUGGCUCGCGAGCCAUAGGUUCCCGACCCCUGACCUAGAUGAAAGGAACAUUUUUGUAGACGGCCUAUAUGGCCCAGACGAGGUAAAAGGCAUAGUAAGUAAUUCAGUUGCCUUUCCCCAUAACUUUAAACGACAGUCAGCCCAAACACUUCCUCAUCGAACUUCCACGAUGCUGAUAAAAAGGGAAUGAGUGAUUCGCACUAAGCUCGAAGACUGAUUAUACCAACGGACAACCGUAGGAUAUGGUUGGUUUGUUGUUGUUGUUUUGGCCACACAGUAACCGAAUCAGUUACUGAGAUGUGCGACGACACAAUGAGAUGUGCAUCAUUGACGUGUGACAAGACACAGUGAGAUGUGCAGCAUUGACGCGUGACAAGACACAGUGAGAUGUGCAGCAUUGACGCGUGACAAGACACAAUGAGAUGUGCAGCAUUGACGUGUGACAAGACACAAUGAGAUGUGCAGCAUUGACGCGUGACAAGACACAAUGAGAUGUGCAGCAUUGACGUGUGACAAGACACAGUGAGAUGUGCAGCAUUGACGCGUGACAAGACACAAUGAGAUGUGCAACAUUGACGUGUGACAAGACACAGUGAGAUGUGCAGCAUUGACGCUUGACAAGGCACAAUGAGAUAUGCAACAUUGACGUGUGACCAGACACAAUGAGAUGUGCAGGAUUGACGUGUGACAAGACACAGUGAGAUGUGCAGCAUUGACGCUUGACAAGACACAAUGAGAUGUGCAGCAUUGACGCUUGACAAGACACAAUGAGAUGUGCAGCAUUGACGUGUGACAAGACACAAUGAGAUGUGCAGCAUUGACGUGUGACAAGACACAUUGAGAUGUACAGCAUUGACGUGUGACAAGACACAGUGAGAUGUGCAGCAUUGACGCGUGACAAGACACAAUGAGAUGUGCAACAUUGACGUGUGACAAGACACAGUGAGAUGUGCAACAUUGACGUGUGACAAGACACAGUCAGAUGUGCAGCAUUGACGCUUGACAAGACACAAUGAGAUGUGCAACAUUGACGUGUGACAAGACACAAUGAGAUGUGCAGCAUUGACGUGUGACAAGACACAAUGAGAUGUGCAGCAUUGACGCGUGACAAGACACAAUGAGAUGUGCAGCAUUGACGCGUGACAAGACACAAUGAGAUGUGCAACAUUGACGUGUGACAAGACACAAUGAGAUGUGCAGCAUUGACGCGUGACAAGACACAAUGAGAUGUGCAAUAUUGACGUGUGACAAGACACAAUGAGAUGUGCAGCAUUGACGCGUGACAAGAUACAUGAGAUGUGCAGCAUUGACCUGUGACAACACACAAUGGAAUGUGCAGCAUUGACGCUUGACAAGAUAGAUGAGAUGUGCAGCAUUGACCUGUGACAACACACAAUGAAAUGUGCAGCAUUGACGCUUGACAAGAUACAUGAGAUGUGCAGCAUUGGCGUGUGACAACACACAAUGAAAUGUGCAGCAUUGACAUGUGACAAGACGCAGGUAAUACAUGUCACCUGGUCCCGUACCUCACCCACGCAUCAAACGUAACCCCACUCUUGUCAUGAAACUUUUUUUUUUUCAAAUUUAUCUUGAACCGUUACAUUUUGAUACACUUAUGCCGAUAUUUCUUGGGACAUUGUCUUUGUUAUUUUCCAGGGAAAAGAUAACAGUGUUUAUUCUAGGCGACUGGGUAGUGUUCCGGCUGUAUAAUGUCCUGGGUAGUGUUCCGGCUGUAUAAUGUCCCGGCGCCGGCUUUCCAAUGAUUUGUUACGGUUUAUAUAAAUAACGGGGGGGGGGGGGGGGGGGGGGGGGGGGGGGGGGGGGGAAAAAAAAAAAAAAAAAAAAGGGGGGUGGUCGCAAAACAAAAAUAAAAAAAGUGUGGGGGGGGGAGGGGCUUCAACAGGAAGCCCUGGAUGUUUCAAAACUGUCUUAAUGUGGUCUUUGAUAAACCGCACGGUCGUUUGUUUCCAAGACUGUCUUCAUAGGGUCUCUGUCACGCCAUUUAAUUCUACCCAUGCACUUAAAUAUUUUUUAAAAAGUUUAUGCUCUCAGUAAAUGAAAAAGUUUAAUACGGCCAUGUUUUGAAGAUGAAUUAAUCGAUGAGUCAUGGACGAGUGACCGCCAGCGUGCGGAUUUCGCCUAUUGUUUUUUUGAAAUAAAAAAAACCAACAACAACUUGACCAACGCAUCUGAUAUCAAUAGAAUGCCCACCUGCACUUGGAUAAGUGUGAAAUAACGCACAACAGGAAUUUUGAUGAACUAAUUAAAAAAAAACAGCAGUGGCCAAACGAAUAUUUAAGUAUGAACCGAGUAUCUGAAGGGAGUCAAACGAUACUUUGUGUGUGUGUACAACAUGUCCAAGUGUGUAACUGGGAUGGUGUUGGACAGCAGGUUCAUUUGAGUAACUGGGAUGGUGUUGGACAGCAUGUUCAUUUGAGUAACUGGGAUGGUGUUGGACAGCAUGUCCAAUUGUGUAACUUGGAUGGUGUUAUACAACAUGUCCAAUUGUGUAACUUGGAUGGUGUUAUACAACAUGUCCAAUUGUGUAACUUGGAUGGUGUUAUACAACAUGUCCAAUUGUGUAACUUGGAUGGUGUUAUACAACAUGUCCAAUUGUGUAACUUGGAUGGUGUUAUACAACAUGUCCAAUUGUGUAACUUGGAUGGUGUUAUACAACAUGUCCAAUUGUGUAACUUGGAUGGUGUUAUACAACAUGUCCAAUUGUGUAACUUGGAUGGUGUUAUACAACAUGUCCAGUUGUGUAACUUGGAUGGUGUUAUACAACAUGUCUAAUUGUGUAACUUGGAUGGUGUUAUACAACAUGUCCAAUUGUGUAACUUGGAUGGUGUUGAAUUGCUAACAUGUUUGAAACCUUCUCAAACUUUCAUGGGUCACUUAAUUUUGUUUACCUGUAAUUAUUUGCCAACUAGCAUUGGUUAAAAAAAAAUAAAUUACCGUAUUGACGUGGUGUGUUUAAAAAACAACAACUAUUAUUUUAUAUUCAACUAGAUGGUACGUCAUGUGGUGUCCAUCUCCAAUUCCAGCAGCGGUCGGGGCGGUGCUGCGACAAUGAACAAAUAAUAUAAUAGACGCCCCAAUAAAGGCAAUGCAAAGUAUGGGCCAACACGCGUCUCAACAUACAAAACAACAACAACAACAACAACUUGCUGUUGGUUUGAUCUCAGGAAAGAACGGUUAUUUGCAAUAACAGGGUGGGCAACUCUGACGCCAUCGAGUUAAUGUGGGUUGUAUACGUGGCAAUAAAUCUGCUUUUUGAUUUGCUCCAGUCCUUCUCGUGUGUCAUUCAAAUUACAGGACCGUCUAUCUCGGGGGGAGCCAUUAGUGUCACAGCACCGCCGUUGUGGUUCAUUCAAGCUGCAGUGCCGUCUGAAUCGUUUGGACAGGGUUGACGUAGAUUGGUAGGAGUAACGAUGUUCUUACCCCUCAUCAAUCUUGUACAGAGUAACAUGGAGUAUACAAAGGACCGGUGUCAUUACGUAACUUCAUUUCCCCAAGUUCUUUUUACGCAGGCAUUCAUAUUUGUUCUCAUUCAGCCUCCACUAUUCAGAUGAAAUUUCAUUUUUUUUUUUUAACUGCAUGUCUUUUCAAUAUUCUUAUUUGCCUUUUCAACCCACAGUGGAGUAUACGCCAUUAAAAAUUUCUUUCCAAGCCUUCCGGACUCUUGCUAUCCUUUCCAACUCUUUCCAGUCUUUAUUACAUCCUUGUCGUACUGUCUUCGCCUGGUGUUUUUCGGUCUUCAUCUUCCUCUUGAUCAUUGAGUGUUCCAUACCAGUCCGUGCUUGUCUAGCGCUAACAACAAGUAACUCUGAAACAACAAUUAUUCCUCAGUAGAACAUCUCCUUAUUCACAAUCACCUGGCAAUACCUGGCAUUAUUUUUUUAAAAAAGCAAACACACACACACAAAUAACAAUCCUGUAUUUUUAAUUGUUUAAAAAGGUGUGUGUGUGUUUGCUCGUGUGUGUGUGUGUGUGUGGUGAUCACGUGUUCAUUGCACAACAAAAACAAAUACAAGUGUAAAGUACAAUCAAAUGUUACAAUGCUGCAAAGGCUUUUAAAACCUGCAAUAUUUGACCAGCUCUUGAUCAUUCGUUCUUUCGGCUUUGUAUGUAAUUGGAAACGAGUGAAACAGCCUGAACAUGUUGAGUUUAUUGUCUUGCUGUGUUUGAUCUCAGACAGCACAUUUGUUUAUUAUAGGUUUAUUAGUCACAUGUUCAGCACGCUGUGGUGACCUUUAGUAAAUUUCUCAUUCCCUACCGACGACGAGGGAACAUGUUCCCGCGCGUUGACAUUCUAGUUUAGCCCUCUGAUGGGCGCGUGUGUGUGUGUGGGGGGAUGAGGGGUGGGGUGGGGGUGACUUGGUAGUCUGGUACAGUGCACGAUAAAGAGGGGCGCACAUCUCGUAGUGUUUCCCCAACUGUUACAUGGUCGUGAUUCUUGAUGCUAGACUGUGGGGGGUGACUUGGUAGUCUGGUACAGUGCACGGUACAGAGGGGCGCACAGCCCGUAGUGUUUCCCCAACUGUUACAUGGUCGUGAUUCUUGAUGCUAGACUGUGGGGGGUGACUUGGUAGUCUGGUACAGUGCACGGUACAGAGGGGCGCACAGCCCAUAGUGUUUCCCCAACUGUUACAUGGUCGUGAUUCUUGAUGCUAGACUGUGGGGGGGUGCUCAAGGUGUCAAUGUAACAUCAGUUAUUAUGAAGGUAAAGAAUUUUUCUUUUCGUUUUCGGAACGUUUCGGUCAGAGCCUGAGAGAGAGCGCAUUGUCCAGCGGCCAUUUUCGGGGGGGGGGGUGUUUCUUGUUUUGUUAGAUCAGUGGUUCUCAACCAUCCUAAUGUCGCGACCCUUUAUUACAGUUCCUCAUGUCGUGGCGACCCCCAAACAAAAUAUUAUUUUCGUUGCUACUUCAUAACUGUAGAGUAUAUGUUUUCUGAUGGUCUCAGGCGACCCCCAGGUUGAGAACCGCUGUGUUAGAUGAAUAAAUUGAAACUCCGAAAAGCUAAAUUACCAUGUACGUUGGAAAAAAAGCGGGGUUGGAGAGAGGGGUAAUAAGAUUCAGAUAUAGACUAGUGCUCGGCGAAGUCACUAGUUUAGACUAGUGCUCGGCAAAGUCACUAGUUUAGACUAGUGCUCGGCAAAGUCACUAGUUUAGAAUAGUGCUCGGCAAAGUCAAUAGUUUAGACUAGUGCUCGGCAAAGUCACAAGUUUAGACUAGUGCUCGGAAAAGUCACUAGUUUAGACUAGUGCUCGGCAAAGUCACUAGUUUAGACUAGUGCUCGGCAAAGUCACUAGUUUAGAAUAGUGCUCGGCAAAGUCAAUAGUUUAGACUAGUGCUCGGCAAAGUCACUAGUAGACUAGUGCUCGGCAAAGUCACUAGUUUAGACUAGUGCUCGGCAAAGUCACUAGUUUAGACUAGUGCUCGGCAAAGUCACUAGUUUAGACUAGUGCUCGGCAAAGUCACUAGUUUAGACUAGUGCUCGGCAAAGUCACUAGUAGACUAGUGCUCGGCAAAGUCACUAGUUUAGACUAGUGCUCGGCAAAGUCACUAGUUUAGACUAGUGCUCGGAAAAGUCACUAGUUUAGACUAGUGCUCGGCAAAGUCACUAGUUUAGACUAGUGCUCGGAAAAGUCACAAGUUUAGACUAGUGCUCGGCAAAGUCACAAUUUUAGACUAGUGCUCGUCAAAGUCAAUAGUUUAGACUAGUGCUCGGAAAAGUCACUAGUUUAGACUAGUGCUCGGAAAAGUCACUAGUUUAGACUAGUGCUCGGCAAAGUCACUAGUUUAGACUAGUGCUCGGCAAAGUCACUAGUUUAGACUAGUGCUCGGCAAAGUCACUAGUCAAAAGAGCCAAAAAUCAGCAGCGGGACGAUCAAAAAAUUUUGAGAGCCAAAUUUCUUGUUAAGAACUUGCGGUGGCUCGUGAGCUGCACACAAUUUUCCGACCACUAGACUGUUAUAUUUAUUUUUUUACGACUAUUGUACAUGUUGUUGUAAAGUCAUAUUUAUUUUAAUCAUAUGUACUAUUAAAAUGAUUGUGUAUAAAAUAAGUGUGUAAAAUUUGCGACCUCGGUAUUACUUAUGUAGCAACUAGCCGAGUUUGACCAGAAGUGUAGCUUAGGGGGCCAGAAGGGGAAAGAUGCCCCCCGGGCGCCAGACUAGCUGGGGGGUGCGCCAAAAUGGGCGUGGGUGGCAUUUUAUUGAUGAGGGGUUAGAGUUGAGAGGGGUGUAAAAAUGAAUCCUGUCCCCUGGCGACAGACACUCUAGCUACGCCUCUGUGAGAGUCGCAGUUUUGCUCUUGCAACUUUUUGUCUUCCACUCGCGCGACGAUAACUUGAACUUUAAAAAAUUACUCCCACACAAAACACAACCCCCCCCCCCACCCACCAACCCCCCCUCCCCUUUCAAAUAAUAAAACAAAAACCAAGGAACAAAUACAGCGCAAGUGUAUAAAUGUACGUACAGCCAUUAUACAGCAAUUUAAACGGAGUCUCGAAAACCGUGUUAAGAAGUACGUCACAGGUUUUCUCCGUUGUCCGGUUGGUGUAUAAAUACACAACAACGACGAGGGAGAUAGAGGGGAGGGAAAGAUGAGGGAGGUAGAGCGUGAGGGAGAGAGAAGAGAAUUAAACAAACCCUAAAAACAAUAGAUUUAUUUCCCCAACUGUUGCAGAAAACAAAAGCAACUAUUACGCACUACGCACCAAACAAACGCAUAUCAAUAAUCUCAUUUAGCGCGGCUAUCGGGAGAAUUUUAGUUCGUGAAAUCGGUCAUCAUGUUUCCUUCAUGUUCCCCUUGAAAAACAGAUUUUUGGUGGGGUGGGGCUGAAAAUUAGAUAGAACAUUUUGUCAUUGGCAAAGAUCUCCGUGCCAAGUUUCAGCUUGAUAGGUUGACGGGAAGUGGGUCAAUUUGCCACCCAAAUAGAAAGAAACACAGACGAAAGCGAAGUUAAGAUAAAGGAUUUUUAAAAAAACCGUGUUAAAAAGUAUGUUGUGUCCUAUCAGUUGUCUGUCUGGUGUAUAAAUACAACAAGGAUAUAUAUAUAUAUAACAAUUGCGGGGCCCAGUCAGGGUAGGGAUAAGGAUAAUUAGUGAAAAUUAAGAAUUUGUAUUAGAAAAUAAAUUCGUCUUUGCAUUUUAUUAAUUCUGUACUAAAUACAAAAUCACGAUGAAAUUAACUUCACUUUACGAGCCUUGCGUGUGGCGAAGUCAUGCAGUACAUCAUCAAAAUUCCUUUUCUUACAUAGAUCACGCUCAAUAGCAAGAAUUGCCAAUUUGUUCAAUCUAUCUUCGUGAAUUGUUGACCUCAAGUAAUUCUUGAUAAGGUUUAGGCGCGAGAAGCUUCUUUCACCAGAUGCCACAGUUACGGGUAUUGUUAAAAAUAUUCUGAGUGCAACAAAGUAGUUUGGGAUUAUAAGUUAUAAUGGUUUAAUUUAAUAAUUUACACCUAGAAUUAGCGCGGGGCCUAUGAAAGUGCGGGGCCCACUGCGGCCACAUAGGUUGCAGUGGCCUAAGGCCGGCCCUAUAUGUAUGUGUCAUCUUUUUUGGGUUAGUUACAAAUAAUGCUUCACAUUUUAUGCAUCGAUGGCAGGACAAGGUGCCUAACACGUAGGUCUUGGAAAUGCAAAAAAUGUGUAGCAUAUAAUCCGCUCUUAGAAAGAGGUGCCUUUGCUGAUUAGGCCAUGUAUGGAGAAUGAAGGAAGGUCGUAUUCCAAAGGAUUUGCUGUAUGGAGAGUUGGCAGAAGGGACAAGAUUUAUUCUCGCACUUUUUGCACAUCUCACCAUUUUAAUGGCGGCUUCCAUUGAUAGUUCAUGGUUUUUUGUCAUUUUAUAGCAAUUUUUUGUACCUGGUGACCCAUAUCAAUGUUAAAAAAAUAUGUGNCCCCCCCCCCCCCCCGCUUCCCCAUCUUUACUUUACUCUAUAUAACACAACCUACUGUUGUGCUAGUUUGAGCCGAUUGUUUGAGCUAUGGUGAAAUAAUAAAAAAAAACCCGUGUGAUUUGAGUAAGCAAAUGUUGUAAACUUAUUAUAAUAGUUUUAUUAAUAUAUACGGGUAUUGACAGAGAGUAAUGGAAUUUAACAUGGCCACGCCAAUGGCAUUGGCAUGACGUUGAUUCUUUACAAAAAGGUGUGCAAGGACCAAUGGGUUAAAACUUUCAAUCUUGAAAAGACCAAAGAGUCUGUAUUCGAUUACGUGACGCACAUUGACAGGGCGUUGCUUGGCGCCAUCAACGGGGUGCCCUUUUUGGUCUCGUGGGGGAGGGGGGGUAUAUAUUUCAUGUUUCUUAAUCUGUCAAUGAAAGCCUUUCGUGGCAGGCGUGAGUUUUGUUGUUGUUUAAUUAACCGAAACAUUGCUUCAUACGAGCAUACAGUUUAUUGAUUACCCCCCUACGCAAACAUCGAUAAAUAAAUUCAAGCCACAAUGACGUUAAAUAAUCCAUGAGCCAAGAGCUUCCCAAAUUUUAACAGCUUGCAGACUUCCUGGAGGCAGUUAUAAUUAUCUGCGGUAAACUUCAGGCCGUCAAUAUUUUAUCAACAGUUGAAAACUCGAUGGACAUUUGUAGAAGUUAACAUUUAGCUCAGCGGUCUUAGUAAAUGGUCCUUACACACAAUGUCCUGGUCCUGGGUGUCUGAGGUAUAACAAUACUAACAUAGCAAUUUGAAAUUAAUGUUGCUCUUAAGGUAAUUUUUAUUUACAUUAUAUUUUUAUGCAUUUUAAUUUUUUUUUUUUUUAAACUUUGGUUUGAAUUUGACGUAGAGCAGUAUUGUUGUAGAGCAGAAUUGUUUUAGAACAGAAUUGUUUUAGAGCAGUAUUGUUGUGGAGCAGUAUUGUUGUAGAGCAGUAUUGUUGUAGAGCAGUAUUGUUGUAGAGCAGUAUUGUUGCAGAGCAGUAUUGUUGCAGAGCAGUAUUGCUGUUGAGCAGUAUUGCUGUUGAGCAGUAUUGUUGUAGAGCAGUAUUGUUGUAGAGCAGUAUUGUUGUAGAGCAGUAUUGUUGUAGAGCAGUAUUGUUGUAGAGCAGUAUUGUUGUAGAGCAGUAUUGUUGUAGAGCAGUAUUGAUGUUGAGCAAUAUUGCUGUUGAGCAGUAUUGCUGUUGAGCAGUAUUGUUGUAGAGCAGUAUUGUUGUAGAGCAGUAUUGUUGUAGAGCAGUAUUGUUGUAGAGCAGUAUUGUUGUAGAGCAGUAUUGUUGUAGAGCAGUAUUGAUGUUGAGCAAUAUUUUUGUAGAGCAUUAUUGUUGUACAUCUGUAUUGUUGUAGAGCAGUAUCACAAAUAAAUAAUACUCAUUGAUUACUACUAGCUGUUGCUUAACUAAAUCUAGAGUAUAAAAGGGGGGAAAGGGGGGGGGGGCGCCAGUGUGUGGGUAAUUGACUUAAAACAGAACUACACACUUGUAUCUUAAUGUUAUAACUGGGGGGUUAGUGUGUAGGCAGUUGACCUAAGUCAGAACUACACACUUGCAUCUCCAUGUAAGUCAGUUGCCUUGAUUGGCCUAAUUUGUAUUGUACAUAUGUUGCCAUGUUAUUGUUUACAUUUCAAAUUAUAUUCGACAUUUCCAAAUCCAAGCUAGUAUUUGAACAAAGUUUUUUUUUUUAAAUAUAUAUAAUCCACUUGUUCACAGAUGUUGCAGGAAUCAAAGGAACCUGAUCUCACUUCAUCCAUGUCUUUAUUUUUACCACAUUUGUGUGUCUCAAUUUUGCAAGGUGAGAAGAUGCCAUCUUGGUGUGGGGGGAAAGGGGGGGGGGCAUUUGUGAGUAGUAAUACAAAAAGGUAUCUAAAGGCCAUCAGCUAUUUAAAGUAAGUGGCAAAAAUGAAUCAAUCAGCAUGGAGCCUUAUUGAAGACAAAAGAAAGUAAUGAGCAACUCUGCCUUUGACAGUUUCAACUUAUCAGGCUGGCCAGAGAGGGCACAAGCCAGCACUGUAGAGAGUGAUGCAUAUAAAUGUCACCUGUUUGUAUGAUGUAAUUUUUAUUUAAAUGGCACGAAAUGUCUACGGAUCGAAUAAUUAACAAAAUCAAUGUGCGUGUGUGUGUAAAUCGCUAUAAAAUAUUUAAAUUCUUUUUUUUUUUAUAUUUUUUUUUUUUUAAGGUCCAUCCUUUGUUUAUGCAGAGUGCUAGCGGCCCUUGCUGCCACCUUGCCUGAAAAUUUUAUAAGACCAAAAGGUAAGUCCAGUGUGAAAGAGUUGUCGAAUGCCUAAUGAUUGGAGAUUAUGUGUAAAUCGCUAUAAAAUAUUUAAAUUUUUUUUUUUUUUAUAUUUUUUUUUUUUUAAGGUCCAUCCUUUGUUUAUGCAGAGUGCUAGCGGCCCUUGCUGCCACCAUGCCUGAAAAUUUUAUAAGACCAAAAGGUAAGUCCAGUGUGAAAGAGUUGUCGAAUGCCUAAUGAUUGGAGAUUUAUAGGUUGUUGAUUUAUCUGUCAAAUGGCUCCCUUCACUGUCAGGUUCAAUUAAGCACUGAUGUUUCUAAAAGCUCUCUUUGCGAUCAGGUUUUAUUAAGUACAGGCAAAAAAAGAAAUGAAUUCUAUCAGUCAGCAAAGCUGGUUAAUAUUUUUUUCUUGGAUUGGGUUACAGAAAGUGAUAUGAGUGAUAUGUCUAGUGGCACAUUACCAGGAAGAUGAGUUAAUUUCAUUCAAAAAAAUAAGAACGUCUAUAAAAACAACUUUCAAGACUGAAUGUUUAUAAUAAUUGAGAUUUUUUUUUCCCCUCAGCACAAUCCAAGGAUGACAUUAGGCGUGUGCCCCCCAUACCAAGUCAGUCUUUAGAUCUGUCACUGUUGACUGAGCAGGAAGAGAAGAUCAUUCAAGCAGUCAUUCAAAAGGAUGAGCUGGAGAGAAGCUACCUUGAUGCCAAGAUCAGGUAAAUAUAUAUGAAAGUCAAUGAAUUGGUUUAUAAGUCCAAGAAAGUAGCAAAAAUAUAAAAAAAAGGGCAGGCUACACUGCGCGGGGCACUUAGAAAUAAUGCAAAGUGACACAGGAGUGAAGAAGGUGCACCACCAAAACCACGGAGGAAAACGGCUCAAAGGCAGACCCAGUCUUGGAUGGAUGGAUGAUGUGGAAAAUGGCCUACAGCAGCUGGGAAUUCAAGCAUGGAAAAGAAAAGCAUUGAUGAGGUCUGAGUAGAAGGAUGUGGUGAGGUGCAUGGGCUGUAGCGUCACUGGGAUGGAUAAGUCAAAGAAAAUGAAUGGCUGUAUACAAAAAUGUCUUGUAUUGCAUGGGCGCUUUUGGGGUCAAGGAAAAUGAUGUUGGUGAAGAAUUCUGGGUUUGAACAAAUCUGAUGUUAUCGCUAAUGGGGGCCAUUGCUAGCUUUGUCUUCAUAGAAUAAAAUAAUAAGCAUUAAAAUUGGACUUGGUUGUUUGUUAUAAUAUUAAUAAAUAAAAGUGGUGGGUGGCCGAGCGGUCUAAGCUGAGUCAAUCACAAGCUUGUGGACUGGAGUUCAAAUCCCCAGCGAAAGCAUAGGCAUGCACAUAAAAAAAACGACACAAAAAACAUCCCGGAUGGAUGGGACUGGUUAACCUUGGAUGGCGACUCAUUUAAGAGAAGGCAGAGUCUAUCAAAGCCCAAUAGGGCGGUAUGACAUUGACCAAAAAAUAGCUCAGUGAAACACAUAUAAAAACACUGCUGACCAUCUACUGCAUCCUGGUCUAUAUCCAGUCGUCUUGACCAAGUCUUACCAUAGGAUCAAAUAGGCAACAACGAGAGAGUGAGGCCAACGAAUUGAGCAACUCUCCCUCACUUUGAACAAAAUGCAGCUCAAGUCGAGGCUACUACUUAAGCCUUGGUCAUCCUGGCUUGCAAAGGAUGAACAAUAUAUGAUAUUAAAAACGAUAACAAUGUUAAUUACAAGGAGAAGCUGUCUCUGUUUUUUUGAUAAACUUUUAAUCAAAGCACAUUACAAAAUAGUAAUAGGUACAUAAAAGUAACAGUUUUAUUUAUUUGUACAUAAAAAUGAAGGCAAAUAUUUGAUUUAUAAAACACUGCAUUGGCCUAUUUUGAUAGCAUAAAUGCUCAAAUACUUCAUAAGAUAGGAAACCAAAUUACAUGUCCUGAAGAUUAUUACCAACGAUGUUAGUUCACGAUCAGGCAAGUUAAACUCUUCAUUCACAGUGAAAUCAGAAAAGAAAUACAAGAGCUGAGGAAAGCGGGAGCAUUGACCUCUGGUGACGACCAAAACGCAAUCUGCGCCCGAUGCAAGUACAAGUUUCCAUCGUUUAUCAUGCCGCUGGCUGACCACGGACAGCGGUGCGUCACCUGCAAGUUCAGAGUUUGCAAAAAAUGCAGUACCAGAGAGCUUAGUGGAAUGUGGGUCUGCAUCUUGUGCUUCAAAUACAGGUAGAUUGCAAACACCACCUUUUUUGUUAAUUGCUUUAAUGUGCGUCGGAAAGCUCUUUAAUCGGGGAAGGGUCGUGUUUAAAAAUUAAUCAAUGGUUAGUGGGUUAGUAAAACAACAAGUAAAGUUAAAAUACAAAAGCUGGUGUAUUUCUAAAUAAUAGAUCUAUAAAACACCCCAGAAGUUGAAUAUCAAAUAUAUAAAAUAAUUUUUCCUUUUUUUUUUAAAACUGUUAAACUAUAUUCAAAUAUUUAAAACCUAUUUCCAGGACACAAAGAUUUGUAUGGGAAAGGGAAAAAAGUCUUUAAAAAUCUUUAGCACAAUGUAGUUUUAAUUGGACAUUGGUGGCUGUAGAUCUGAACAUCUUUGAUUGGCCAAUGGAUGGCUGUAGAUCUAGACCUUUGAUUGGCCCAUUGAUGGCUGUAGAUAUAGAUCUUUGAUUGGCCGAUUGAUGGCCGUAGAUCUUUGAUUAGCCAAAAGAUAAUUUUGUCUUCUAGCUGUAACUGGAGACUGACUCACUAAGAGACAAACUCUGCUUUAACUUUCAGUCAGGAGAAGUGGUUAACCGGAGAAUGGCUGUCUAAAGGAGAAGCUAUUGGCCUGCAGGGCUCCGAUCUUUUACGGGUGUCAUUACGGGAUAGAAGUAAGUCUUUCUGUGCUCAUGUUUGUGUGCCGAAUCUAACACACGCUUAACAAAUUUUAUAAGCUUUCAGUCUAAAAUAUAUACAAAAAUAACUGGUGUAGACAACUCUUCUUAUUUUACUUUUGCAGUAAGUAACAGUGAAUGAUCUUCCUUGAUGACUCAACAUCUGGUUCUAAAUUUAAGCUAGUAAAAUUUCAAAGAUGUCAUUUCUAUACCCUUUGACUGUACACAUUAGAUUAUAAUAUUCCCCUAUUCUUUCUACACAUCUUCAUCAAACAAUAUUUCUCAUGAAGUAAUGUACAAAUCUAUUAAAAUAUUUGUUGAAAAACUACCAAAUACAGUCAUUUUGCACAUUUUGCUAUAAAUUCAUAAAAUUAACCCCCCCCCCCCCUUAUAAUCUUUCUUGAGUUAUUUAAGAACCAUUUCUAAACAGAGAUCAUAGAUAUGGCAUAACAUUUUGUUCCACAACCACACUAAAACUCAAAUCUGAAGCACAACUACCCAUGAGAAUUUCUUUUCCUGUCAGUUUAUCAUUCAUCAUGCACCAGCUAUUCAUGCACAGGAAAAGGACGGCAUCGAUAAAUGUUGGUGAAAUAUUUUGUUGAUGGUUGUUGUGUUAAGUGUCUUCCCUGUCACCACUGUUUGCUCUUGUUGACUUGUUUGUUUGUUGUCAUCUUUUUAUAUUCCUGUCUUGACUUAGGCUUUCUCUUUUAUUUGCUAUGGAGAAGAAAAAAAAGGAUUUCUUGUAAAUAUGGGAUUCUACUCUUUAAAAAAAAAAAAAUUAUAUUAAGUUAUAGUUAACAAAACAAUUGAUUUGUAUGGGCUACAUGUCAAAAUAAAGCAUUCCGUCGAGGCACACAAGGAAUAAUCAUGUAACAUUCCACAUGUCAGUGUGAUGUCCUGAUGCUGUCAUUUUUAAGCUCACUUGCUUCUAGUAAACAAAUGUAACAUCAUCUUUUUUGUUUUGGUUUAUUGGUACAUAGAGUUUAAUCAAAAGAACACCGCAGUUAUUGUUUUUUUAUAAACAUUUUUUACAAUAUUAUUUUUUCCAAAAUUUUUGUAACAUAUUUACCCAAACCAGAUCAUGGGUUGUUUGUUUUAGUAGAUAAUUCAAGAAUAUGAAGAGAGAUGUAUUGUUUGUAUUUAUGACUCAUCGAGAAUAGUUAGCAGGAACUGUUCACAGAUCAUCAGUGCCUUUGUCAACAUUGUAUAAUCACUCAGUUUGAAUUCUUGACUGUAAUUUGUUUCAUGAUACAUUGUUCAGGUCAGAUCCAUUCUUACCAUGUUUCUGUGCACUGAUGUUUCAUUAAUUAGAACUGCUUUGUUAGGUUCAAGGUGAUUGUAUUACAUGUGUGUAACUAGAUGCAGAGAUAUCACAUGGGAAUAAAUUAUGCCACCCAUUUCAAUAGUUAACGCCCUUGCAUAAUUCUUAGGUUCAAGCAGACCCUAUCACAAGGUUGUUUUUUUUAAAAUAUAGGUGGGUUGGGGGUGUUGUGUUAUCAGCGAGGACUCAUUUUCAUAUAGGUCUUCAAUUUCAUAGGGAUCUAUAGCUUUAAAGAUAAGCUAAAAACUUUCAAAAUUUCAAUAUAAAAAAAUUCUCAUUGAAAGUAGUUAAGAAAUGAAAUUGAAUAAUUUAUUCUUUUUGGUUCUAAAGUACGACUAAAUGUGUCAUUUCCUAACUAAUUUUUUGGAAUAAUUUUAUGUCAAGGGAGCUGGGAUUUAUGGAGCAACCCAUGGGAAAAAGACAUGAAGAUUUGUGUGGAGAGUCUUUCCCUUGUUAUUGAUUCGGUGAAAGCUGGGUGUUAAGCUGAGCCAACUAAUAAUAAAUGAAGUCAUCUUAGAAGGGAGAGCUGUUUUAUUAUACAUUAUUGAUUGGCGUAGAUGAGGUCAUGUAGCAGCUCUUCUUGGUUUUAUCAUCUUUGAUACAUGGAUGGAAACUGACACUUGCCACAUCAAUGUAUUCAUGUUUUAUAAGCUACCGUUUUUUAAAAGCAAUUCUAGUUUGUUGAUGGAUCAUGCUGUUGGUGUCCUCAGUAAUAUAAAAAAAACACUCUUUGCUGAAAUUAACUUCUUUUUACUACAAAAUUUGAAAAAAAUGUUGCCUUUCCUUUAUUCUGUCGUUGCGCUUGUACAAUUUUCAAAAAUUUUAAUUUAAACUUUAAAUUCCACGAAUAAGAAAAAUCCCCAGCUCUUUUCAAGGUAUACAUUUUUUUUUUUUUUUUGUGUUUUGAAUAAUUCAGUCUCAAUUAGUUGAAUAUUAAAUACUCUGAAGUGGAAAACGUGCAGGCGUUGACCAGCAUGCUGUACAUGUCCCAAAAACAAUGGCUUUUUUUUUAUUGUUACCGAAACACUUAUUUUCAAGGUAUUCAUUUUUUUUUUUUUUUUGUGUUUUGAAUAAUUCAGUCUCAUUUAGUUGAAUAUUAAAUACUCUGAAGUGGAAAACGUGCAGGCGUUGACCAGCAUGCUGUACAUGUCCCAAAAACAAUGGCUUUUUUUUUAUUGUUACCGAAACACUUUGUAAGUGCUUGAUGCGUUUGAGUUAACUGGCCUUCGGCCCUAAGGAAGUAGGAGGACAGGAUAUUAGUGAGCUUGAACUCUCUCCAUUAUGUCUUCUCCUAUGGCUGUGAGCUGAAAAGUAUGUUUUCAUUUCUAUUUCAAGGGAAGUCACAUUUUUUUAUUUUAAAAAUUGAUUGGAAUUCAAGGUUAGUGUAACUUUGAUGUGUCUGAUAGGGUCUCACGUAGGAGAAGUUAAUGAACUUAAAAACUGGCCAGCCCUCUGAUAACUUUGAUGUGUCUGAUAAGGUCACGUAGGGGAAGUUAAUUAACUUAAAAAACUGGCCAGCUCCCUGAUGACAUCCAACUGAAUCACCAAGCUUUAUGGUUAAUUAUUAAUCUGUUCGACCUAAUGCCACCUUGCUGGUGUUUCUGGGUCAAUGAAACAUCCAUGUUUAACAGAAUAUCAAGGAAACACAAUUACAGGAAAAGAAGAAUAGUUCAGCUCAAGUUUCUUAAUAGUUAAACUUACAAGACGCGCAACUUUUUAUUUUAUUUUUUUUUAUUUUUUAUUAUUAUUAUUUUUUUUUUUUUUUUUUUUUUUUUUACAAAAUUAAGGGGAAAAANUUUUUUUUUAAGCCCUUUUCAACUUUUUUUUUUUUUUUCCUAUAAACCCCCCCCCCCCCCAACUCCAUUUCCCCAUCCCAUGAAACUAUCUGUGACUACUACAACAAAACUAAAAUAUGACUGAAGCCAGUGUUGUGUUUUAGGGGGUAUGACCUGCUGGCCACAGCUGCAGUUCUACUAUUUAGAAUCCUGUUUAAAUCUAACAAACAGAAGCAUUGCUUGGCUUCUACCCCAGACCAUGUCUCCAAACUUUAGCCCAGAUACCUACAACAACAACACAUUUUGUAAAUAUAAUAUUACAAGGUUCAAUGCACCUUUAAAAAAACAAAACAUUUUUUUCUUUCUUUUAGAAUGUGUUAGUUUGAAAAUGUUCACAUUACUGUAUGUGUGUAAGAACCUAACCUGCUAGUUUGAAAAUGUUCACAUUACUGUAUGUGUGGAAGAACCUAACCUGUUAGUUUGAAAAUGUUCACAGUGGUGUAUAUGAAGAAGAACUUUCUUCCACAAGUGACCUAAAUGUGUUUCAGGGAGGAUUUAUUGUGCAUAUGAUACAAUCUUACAAUAUUUUGUCUCUUGUUUUUUUUUCUUCAAACCAGCAAAGAAUGGCCUCCAGUUCACUUUUUAAGCAUUUUCCUUUUUUUUUUUAAAAAAAAAUGUUUGCUAUCUGUGGAUAAAGAUUGUUUUUGUUAUUUUUUCAGAUCUUAUCUCUAUUUUAAUAAGUAUAAUCUACACAAAAAAAAAAAAAUUGAUUUGAUGCUUUUUUCCCCCCUCUUUUGUUUUUAUUUUGGCAUUACAAGCUACAUCAUCUGGAACUGGGGUUAUAUAAAGCUAAACCAACAGUGACGUUGAUGCUUCGCCUCUGGUAACACAGUUUAAAUUUCAAUUUUUUAUGUGCUACUUUCUGUGGGGCCAGCUGUUGUAGAAGUGUGUUUCCAAAUCAGGUUUCUUCCCAGUAAUAUUUCCAACACUGCCCCACGACAGGUUCAUGUGAAAAGCAGGUUAUUUAAUGAUUAAGUGCAUUAUUCAGAUAGCGCGAUUUCGUCCACGAAUGCGGGAAUCUAGACAUAACGAGGGCCAUCAAUCACUUUGAGCCAAAGACGUGAUCUUCACAAAUGUCAGAAAUCAAAAAGGUGGUGCCAGCUGAUGUGGAGUGUGUGGCUAGUGCUGGGAUGGGCCCGUGUAUCCAACCUAUAAUUGAUUGGUCUGGUCUUAAGGUGGCCCAAUUUACUGACCUCUUGUCCAACUGACAACCUCUCUAUAAAAAGCAUUUUAACUGUACCCACUCUUGUGCUGGACUUUUCACUUCAUCUACAUUUAAGGUAAAUGAUAGCUGCAUGAUCCUGAGCAAAAUCAAAUAAGUUUUAAGUGGGUUAAUUAAUAUGCGCAGGCAUGAUCACAUAAUAUGGCCUGAAUGAGUGGGGGGGGGGGUCAUGGGUUAUAAGUCAUAGGGGUUAUAGGUUAAACAAAUGACAACUAGCAGCCUGUUGUCAUGUAACAUGGUUGUCUUCUGACAUGUAUGUAGAAUCUUUUAUAUAGAGGAGUUUUAUUUUUUUAAACAAUGCUCCUUAACUUUUGUAAUAAGGAUAUUUUUAGUUGUUUACCUAUUGUGAUAGGCAUAUUUUUAGUUGUUUAAAUAUUGUGAUAGGCAUAUUUUUAGUUGUUAAAUGUUUUGAUAGGCAUAUUUUUAGUUGUUAGAUUUUGUGAUAGGCUUAUAUUUGGUUGUUAUAAAUAGGGAUAGGCAUAUAUAUAUAUAUAUAUAGUUUAUUAAAUGUUUGUUAAUAUCAUGAUGAUCCCUUUGGAAAUGUUCGAUUUAUUAAUAUGAUGAUUUCCAGAGCGAUCUCUUUUAGAUUUUUAAAGAGUGAAACUCAAAGAAAUGAAAUAGUUAUUGGAUGCUGUGUUUGGGUAAAGAUGAAAAGAUAAAAUUACUUUUGUUUAAAAAUGUAAUAGAAAUUGUUUUUUUGGAUGCUCAUUUUGGGUAAAGUUGAAAAAAAUCAAAUUACUGUCUAAUAGAAUUGUAAUAUUCCUCUCUGAUUGUGUAGAAUUUCAAGAAACAUUCUUAUAUUCUCAUAAUUUCUUCAUGGGUCACAAGAAAUAUUUACGUUCUUAGGUGUGCUAUGUUUCAUUUGGUCAGCUUUUGACACCCCGGGAAAAUAAAUUAACUUUUCCCUAAUUUAUGCUAAAUAAGUGCUGAAAUUGUGGUAAAACUGUGUUUCAGUAACUGCAGACUGAAACGAAGCAGUUUACUGUUGCGCCAUAACUGUUAGACUAUUCCUUUGCACCUUGACUAGAAUUGUUUAUAAGGUGAAGCUAUGGUUAUUUCAUCACCACUGAAUUACGUCAUUUUUUGGGGGGCAAAACUUUAAUCAAUUGUAUAGUCACCAUGAAUUAAUUGCUGCCGGCUCAAACAAUGAACCUAUUCAUGACUUACACAUCCCUCAGACUAUGAAUGUUGAAAUAUUUCUUGAAUGUGGCACUGAUACCUGAUUGUUAUAAGACUUUUAUUCACCGCUUAUAUUUUAUCUAGUGUUCAGUUCAGGCAGUCAGCAUUAUAUGCUAAUAUAGUUUAUGAAUUUUCAAAUAUUCCCUCCAAUUUAGGCAACAUCAACAGAGCAAAAUGCAUGUUUUAAAAUGUAAUAUCAAGUGUAGUGCUAUACUAUGUAAGGCAUUAGUACCUGUGCAAUAUGUAACAAUGAUUCGUAAAGAAUGUUUACUGUCCCAUAUCAUAUAAUGUUCUGUAAAGGUAACUAUCUCUGAACCUAAAAUCAGGUCACUUGAUCCUCUCCACUUUGCUAAACAGGAUGUUGAAUUAUAAAAAAAAUUAUUUUUUUUGUGUGUAAAUAUUCUCACUUCUUCCAUUCUACUUCCUUCGUAGGAAUAAAUGAGUGCAGACAUUUGGACAAACUGUUAAAGUGUAACAUUAGAUAAAGCAACCCAAAAUCUUGUACAUGCCACGGUAUCGGAAUCAAUACAGCCAACAGGUGUUGUACAAUGAUUCAGUUUUUCAUUUAAGCAUGGGGGGGGGGGGGGGGGAGGGGGGGGGGGGGGGGGGUGAAGAGAUUUUCCUAACCACUAUCUGUGAGGAUUAUUGAUAGAUGGCGAAACAUGAGUUUCUUGUGGAGAAUUAUUAUUUUAUCAGGUAAACAAUAACAGUAAAAGCUCCACGUGUCAAAUAUGUGUGUGCUUGUACAUAGAGAUAUAUAGAUUUGAACCAUCAUGAGGCGCUUACAGACUUUAUGUCAAAGAUAAUUUUCUGUGAUGGCUAGUCAAGUUUAAAUGAACUUAAAACUUGUUAAUGAUGGCUAGUGAUGAUUAAGUUUACUUCAGAUUAAAACUUUUUUUGUAUGUGGUAGCUUGUUAAAUUGUACAUUUUCCGUCAUUAUUUAUACAUGUCUUAUAUUAUAAAUGUUGCGGAAAAAAACAACUUUUCUUUCAUGACUUUAUUUAUAAUUGUUUUGAAAGCUUCCUAAUUAAUUCAAAGAUCCCCUAUGAGUCAGGCUUAGAACCACUGUUCUAGUGGUAUUGUUUUACAGUGUUUGAUUCUAGUUUCAAUCAUCACAAGUAAAAGCCUAGAAUAUAAGAGAAGAUAAAAUUCUUUUUUUUUUAUCCAAUAACUGGAAAUGUUUUUGUUUUUUUAAAAUUACAAUGUACAUAUUUAUUUUCAGCACAUACAUAAAUAUUCUUACUCAGAAAAAAGAUUUUUGAACUAGCACAAUUUAACACAAGACUUCUGCAGUAUUUCUCAAGCACAAAAUAAUCAGUGGUCAUGCAACUCUACUCAUUUUUGUGACAAUAUUGACUUCAAGAGGAAUUAUUUUACAUUCUGUAACAGUCCGGGGAGCACACUGGUAAAUUCUGAUAGAUUGGGGAACAAAUUAAUCUUUUUUAUCUUUCUGAAAGAGGGAAAGAACUCAUCGUGAUCUCAAGUAUCUGUCAUGCAGAAAGUGCGAUGUAUCCACCAAAUUUUAAUAAUUUUUUACAAAUGAUUAUUGCUUUAAAUGGUUCUUCAAGUUCAAGUGAAGGUAAUUUUGUUUGAGCAAUAUUGCUUGCUUUCUUGGUAAGACUAUUUGAUGAGUGUUUGAUGAGAAGCAAUGAAUUCCCACAUCAGCAAGUGAUAUUGGAGUUCAGUAGGCUUCAAACUGUUGCACUGUAGAAUAUGUUAAUAAUUUAUUAACAACAAAAUUGUGUAAUUUUUUAUGAAAGAAAAGUGUUCGAUUCACAUGUCCGCUUAUUUAUAAUGUUUCACCUGGAAAUGGGUUAUUGACUGGAGAUGUUUUGUCACAGACAUUGUAUAGAAAAUAUCUGUGUGAUAAAUGAAAUGAUAGCUUGGGGGACCCAUCAAUUCAGGUUUGGCUGUCUCUGUGGCCAUGGAACAAGGAAAUGCUGAUGGUUGUUAUAGAUUUAUUUGACAUGUAUACAACCAGACUUGACAAUGAUUCGAUGUUGAGUGUGAGAACUGGUGAACGGAGGCAGGUUGGGACUGAGCUGGGUUGAGACUGAGGUUAAGAUUGAGUUGAGAUUGAGGUGAGUUGAAAUUGAGGUGGGUUGAGAUUGAGGUUGAGAUUGAGGUGGGUUUAAAUUGAGGUGGGUUGAGAUUGAGGUGGGUUGAAAUUGAGGUGGGUUGAGAUCGAGGUUGAGAUUGAGGUGGGUUGAAAUUGAGGUUGGUUGAGAUUGAGAUGGGUUGAAAUUGAGGUGGGUUGAGAUCGAGGUUGAGAUUGAGGUGGGUUGAAAUUGAGGUUGGUUGAGAUUGAGGUGGGUUGAGAUUGAGGUGGUUUGAGAUUGAGGUUGAGAUUGAGGUGGGUUGAAAUUGAGGUUGAGAUUGAGGUGGGUUGAGACUGAGAUGGGUUGAGAUAGAGGUGGGUUGAAAUCGAGCUGGGUUGAGAUUGAGGUGGGUUGAGAAGUUUUAGGGAAGUGAUUCUUAAGAUGAGAUGAAGAUGGGUUGAGAUUGAGGUGGGGUGAAAUUGAGGUGGGUUGAGAUUGAGGUGGGUUGAGAUUGAGGUGGGUUGAGAUUGAGGUGGGUUGAGAUUGAGGUGGGUUGAGAUUGAGGUUGGUUUAAAUUGAGGUGGGUUGAUAUUGAGGUGGGUUGAGAUUGAGGUGGGUUGAGAUUGAGGUUGGUUUAAAUUGAGGUUGAUAUUGAGGUGUGUUGAGAUAGAGGUGGAUUGAGUUGGAGGUGGGUUGAGAUGGAGGUGGGUUGAAAUUGAAGUUGAUUGAGACUGAGAUGGGUUUGAGACCUAGGGGGUUGAGAGGGAAGUGGGUAAAGGCUGAAGUGGGUUUAGAUUGAGAUUCAGGUGGGUUGAGAAGGAGGUGGGUUGGGACUGAGUUGGGUCGAGAUUAAGACGGAUUGAGAUUGAGGUGGGUUAAUUUAGAUGGGUUGACUGAGGUGGGUUGAAAGGGGGGUGGGUUGAGAUUGAGGUUAGGUAAAGAAGGAGCUGGGUUUUAAUUGAGGAGCUUAUCUUUGUCAAUAAAUAAAUCAAUAGGCAGGAUUGCAUCGCUUAUUCACACAGUAAUCAGACUACAGGGUGGUUAGUUUAAAUAACUGCUGCUUUAAAACGGGUUUUGUGGUUGGGGGUGGGGGAGGCUUUGUUGACCAAUAAUGCUGAAGAUUUACAUUUGAUAGUGGUACUUGUGCCGUGGUCAUUGACUGGGACUUGGCCAUUCCAACAGUGGCGACACACUACAUAAUGGCUCACUCCUCUAAAAUAAAAUAAAAAGUUACAUCAUGUCAUUAAGGAGGUUGAUGGAUUUGUUUUGAUGGUAGUGAGCUACAUAGAUGAAUGCUCCUUUGUUGUUAGAUUUGUUUGUGUGUUUGCUAAUUCCUUCAACAUUACUUGUCAUUUAUCAUAAAUUCUCUUUUUUAAAAGUUUUGAGGAUUUUGAACAUUUUUUUCAAAAAGACCUUUAUACUUAGCAUACAUUGCAUUUGCUUUCUGCAUUACAUGGGGUAUUGAGCCCCAGUUUGAGGAUCAUUGCUGUAGAUUCCAACUGUGAGGUAAUGGGUUGAGUGGGUGUGGAUUAUUUCUGCAUCAUGUUGUUUGAGAGUGGGUUGGGAGGGGGGGAGGCGAGGGUGUAGUAGGGAUAGGGGCCUUAAGACUAGACCUGACUCCAGCUUGUAGAGUUUGUGAGAGGGCUGACCAGCAGCUGUGCUCUACUUGAAACACUAUUGAUCAUCUAUGUUAUACACAACCAGGGGACGCAACUCUAUUGGCUGAAUCCAACCACAGUUGUGGGACAUUGAUAAUCUCCAACAACACAGGCUGUAGAGUUUAUUGCACAUUGGCAAAACAAGCUUGACUUUUUUUUUUAUUGUAGAUUCAUGAGUUAAGUAUUUUAUAAUGGAACCAACGGCACUCGCUCUGAAGGUGGAGACUCUUUGUUUGUGUGAAUAGCCUGAAGCUAUUGGAUUAUUGGACUUUGUGGAUAUUGGCCAGUUGAGAAAACUGAUAGGAUUGGUGUGUGAUUUCAUAGAGACUUAUCCAGAGAAACUGGAAGAGACACAGAUUUUGGAGCUUGUUUCAUCACUGUGGAUUAAACUCAUUGUGUUGAUCUUGUGAUUGAUCAACACUUUGUCGAUAGUAGAAACAGUCUCAUCCCGUUUCCUUGUUUCCCCUCCUCCCCUGUGCAUUCUGUCACAGAGAUGUGGGCCAUUCUCUGCUGCCAAGGUAAGUGGAGAGCUUUAAAAGUGCUAUUUAAUGAAAGCUGAUUAAAUAAAGAUGUGUUUUUUUUUCCUUUAACUGAAUUAUUCAUCUCUUGUUGAGACACAUAAAUUAUAGACCCCAGUUGUUAUCUCUCAGUGUUCAACUUGAGCCAAAUGACUUCGUUGUAAUCAUUUAUAAGAGGGUGGUCCCUGUAUUGAGAAUAUGGUCAUUUCAUUGUUUCCGUGUUGGCUGGUGGGUUUCAAACUGGAAUUGAAAUCUCUUACUUAAUGAUAGGUAAAUAGUUGCACCACACGGCAGAAGUCUGGUCAGUUGUGAUACUUGUGCUAGAGGCACCAACUUCUAUCCGUAUUUAUUAGUAUGUUUACAUAGUCCCCUGCUUUCUUGUGACCAGCAGACUGUGAUACAGUCUUUUGGGUAACAGAAAAAGACAUCAAUAUUUUUUAGCGAAAGUGUGCCUACUUGUAGAAGAAAAUGUUAAAGGGAUCGAUGAAGGAACUGAAUUAAAGCUCAGUAAAUUGUGCAGGGUACCAGAUUAACCAGACACAAUUUGUGUCAGUAAAACAAUAUAUGUUCAGCUUUAAUGGUGAUUUUUGUAAAGCCAUCAUUAAAGGUGCACAUACAUUGUUUUACAUGCACAAAUUGUUUGUGUCUGAGUAAUCUACUUUGAAGCUUUAUGGCAGUCCGACACUCUUAUGCAGGUUAACACAGUGGUUGCUCUUGAGAAAUAAUUGCAUGCUUCUUUGUUAAAAUGAGCACAAAUGUGUUGCCCAUAAAUGUUAAAUUUUUCAUUCCUUCAUUUUUGUAUCGUGAGCUAUGAGCGUUUUAUGUUGGAUCAAGAUGACCACAUUAUGGUGCCUUUAAUCGUAUGUAGCAUUAUCCAAUAUUGAGCGUAGCUGGUCACGUUGUAAUUAUUGCUCAUUUCAGCAUAUAUUUUAAAAAAUGAACAAGAAAUGCGGGGAGUCAAUAAAUAUUCAAUACUUUGAAUGCUAACAAGGAAUGCGGGGAGUCAAUAAAUAUUCAUCACUUCGAAUGCUAAUCACAUUUUAAUACAAUAGCUGAUCCAUUCAUCUGAAUAUACAAUGUACGAAUAAACUGGCCAGGUGGAACAUUUUUCUUAUUCAAAGCCAGAGAGGCACACCAUUCGGGCAGAUUCAGUGAUGAAUUUCUGCCACAACCAGACAUCACAGCUACCACUUCCUAAUGGUAUUAUUGAAACACACCGUCACCUAAAGCUAACUGCUCUUAUUGUCUACUUAAAUGUCAGUUGUCAUUCAAAACUUCACGUUAAAUAAUCUGCUUUGGUAUUUUCUAAAAUUUCUAUCAUGGGUGCACAUUUUGUAAACUCAUUUACGGAAAUAAUUUUGCAAAUCAUGUUGCCCAUAACUAAAGUAAUAAUUCAACCCCUUUGGUCAUUUUAUUAAUGGGUCUGUAGCAACCGCUGGGGUCAUGCUCAUUUUUUAAUGAGUGUAGCUGCAAGCACUUGAGCUAUACUCAUUGGUUAUCUGAGCCUAACUCACGGCUUGUCUGAGCUUAACUCACUGGUUGUCUGAGCUUAACUCACUGGUUGUCUGAGCUUAACUCACUGGUUGUCUGAGCCUGCCUCACUGGUUAUCUGAGCCUGCCUCACUGGUUGUCUGAGCCCAACUCACUGGUUGUCUGAGCCCAACUCACUGGUUGUCUGAGCCCAACUCACUGGUUGUCUGAGCCCAACUCACUGGUUAUCUGAGCCUAACUCACUGGUUAUCUUUCAAUCCUUUAGAAACAGCUCAAUAUAAUUUGUAUGUAUGUAAACAACAGCCGAGGCAACUUUUGAUGAAAGACCUUGUUCCAACUAUGUUUUAUUUUUGUUUUGUUAUGCAGAUUGCUCACUCAAUAGUUUCUGCUUACCAUCAAAGAGCGUGCAGUAUGCAAUCAUUUGACUUUCUCAGUUCAAGCCGUUACUUAAAUUAAAAUCAUUUGAAGAUUUAUUUGAACUUAUGCAUAAAUUAGGAUUAAUCAACACUAAAGCUGUGCACAUGAACUGGGGAUUGCCAACAGGAAUAAGAUUGAAUGACUUCUGUAGGCUUUCAUCAAAGGGAACCAGAUUUUUUUUUAAAAUAUUACAUCUUGGGUUUAUUGAUAAAAGAAUUAGACUGUUGGCUUACUAAUGAAAUGUUUUGGUGGUGUUUCAUCUUAAAGUGGGUUGUUUUGUUUAGCCCAGCAGUUCAUUGAGUUUGAGAAGUUGGUGCCUCUACACUUGUUUAGUAUUGAAACUGAAGGCUGUAGAAUGUAGUUAGUGGGCAAAUACUAAAUCUCUUGACCACAUCAAGUUGGUGCCUUGUAAUGAAAUUGCGGGCAUAAAUUAAGCCCUCCUCAGCACAAGUUGGUGCCUUGUAAUGAAGCAUCAUUGCCUCACAGGUCAGAUCCACAAAGAGUACGAUGACAUAGACAGUGUCAACUACACCCAGAGGCCAGCCAUAUCAAAAGACGCUGACUCUGACUCACGCACCUCCAGAAACUCCCAGUCUAGCAAUGAUCAACCAGGUAACCCCCCCCCCCCCCCCCCCAGUUUUUUUAAGUAACGCCCUGCACCCAGUGGCAGAGUCAUACCCUCCAUCAUACACUGUCUCCCCCCACCCCAUCUGCUCACUGGAGAACUAUAAAUAAUACCGUAUCAGCACCUGUGACCUUAUAAAAUAAUGAACUGUCAACGUCUUAAAAAAUCUAUGUUAGUUCAAUAUCCCACCUUACCAAGCCUGUUAAUCUUUGAUCAAUACUAUUUAACUUGAAUCUAGCAAAAAUAAAUCUUCAAAUCAGUCUGUAUGAGAAUUAAGGAUUUGAUUGUUGUUAACGUUUAAAUUGAUAUUAAUUUGAAUAUACAUAUAAAAAACAGGUUCCGCAAUGAAAACCUAUGUUGUCAGUCUUAUCUCCUGCUAUUGGUUUUACUUGAUGAGCUUUCUUUUAUUGAAACAGACUAUAAAAAGCCUGCCCUAGGGUCUAGUAUGUAAAGUAUAAUUUUACCUAAAUUUGGCAUAUAUAUUAUAUGUAUUCGGUCUUGUAUUUUUAAAUGGCUAUCAUUUUGCUUGAAUGUAUUCGGUAUUAUACACCAAUAAUAGUUGUUGUGCUUAUUAAUAUACUGGGGGUCUUAUCAUUUGCUUUUGUCUUCUGUUAACAAACAUAUGCUUGCUUCUGACCAGUGGCAUAACAAAUUAUGAUUUAUUUCAUUUCAUUUUUUAAUAUUUUUUUUUUGGAGUCCAUUUACCAAAAUAUUUUGGGAGUAAAAACAGAACAAACUACUUUUAUUUUAAUUAAAUACUGGUAUUAUUUUAUUGAACAAGAUAAGUGGAUAAGAGUUGUAUUUCUUGUAAUGUGACAUCCUACGGGUGGAUGAAAGAUCAUCCCAAUUGAAAUAAGACUUAGGGACGAGUUAACCCACUCAUUUUUAUUUUUGCAUCUUGACAUAUCAGGUUACUGUAAAUACCUAACUUUGAUAGAAUUAAAUUUUUUUGCCUGUCUGCUCUGAGCCUAGUUGUGUUAGCCUUGCCAUCAUCGCAGCCGCAAUAUCAUUUCUAUGCAUAUUUCAAGUUUCUGUGUUCCAUACAUUGCCUUGUUAAACCGAUAUUGACUCAAAACUCCUAAAUAUCAGAACUCAAGACAGAUGUAGUUCAAAGAUAGUCUGAUGUGUCCUGUAUGAAACCUGGCUUGUUGACUGUUUAAAUUUGAUCUUUUAUUGGGUCAUUGACAACUUCCAAGUGUGACAUGAUAGUUAUCCACAGAGAAACUAAAUCACAGCUCAUCUGGAUUAGGUACCAUGAAACUAUUCUCUACUUGCAAGGUAUUCAGUCACAUCAAACGCCAUGGGGUUUUUUUAGCUUUCCUCAUGUGAUAUUGCUUUUUUUGCUUUUCUUAAAAAUGUGACUCAUGUAAAAACAAACAAACAAAAACACCUCUCUAUUGAACCAAAGAGAUGUUUUAAUAAUCAAGUGAACAAGUAAAUUAAAGGCUUGACAUUAUGAACCUAACCUGGCUAGAUAUUUAAAAUAUGUUCAACCCUAUAUUUACCUUAACAACAAUGCUGUUCCCCCCCCCCCCCCCCCCAAAAACUGUAAUUGAUUGAAUAAUCUAUAUGGUGAUAUCUGUCUCAUGUUUCUAUUUAAAGUGAAAACACUUGUCUGACCUGAUGUCAUAGUUUAUCAAACACUUUUGAGUAUUAUGGCAAAAGUUUGAGUCAUGUGACAAGCUGAAAUCUCUCCCUAUAGAUAUUGACCCCCAACACACACACACACUUAUUGCUCCAUCAUCAGAAUGUAGAUUUUUAAAACUGUUGCUGGAUAUUCUGCCUAUUACUUCCUUUAACGUUUGAUUUCAAAUAUUUACCAAAAACAACAACUUGUGUUAACAUUUAUUGGAUUAUGCAGUUUAUUCAAAGUGUUGAGAAAAGGUUUUUAAUUUCCCAUCAUGCAGUGGCCUGUUUUGCUCUGUCACUAACUUUACUUAUGUUUACAUCAAAUUAUUGUGCAAGAGUGUGACACUUUUUGUUUGAUUUAUUGCUGCUUUUUUUUUUUUUUUUUUUUUUUUUUUUUUUCAUUAUGAUAUUUUGAAGACAUUUGGAGCAGUUUGCAGUGAGAGAUUCCACCAAGUUCAUCAAAAGAAUCAUCUACAAGUUGGGACGAGCUGGACAAGUUCAAGUUCCUCAGAGCGUGGAUUUGUUUAAAAUCAUUGUCUCAUGUUUCCUCCAGUAUUUAAUUACUACAAUGUAUUACCUCAAAGUUUUUCUAGUCAAAUGUGUGGUUUCUUUUAUUUCUUUAUUGCAUUAAUUAAGCUAUAAUGUAAACCCAUGUUCUGGUGGUCUGUCAUAAAUUAGCAUUACAUUUUUGCCUUUUCAUGCAUCUGAUUGUAAUACAAUAUUCUUAUAAUUUUUUACAUCAAGGGCAGAACCGUUGUAAAGAGCAUAAACUUAUGGCACUGCUCUUUUUUUUAACAGCAGCGCUUUUUCCUACUUUGAGCUAAUAGUAGUAAGGGUAGAAAAGUCCUGUUGGGAUAAACAAGAUAAGAUUCCUGCAUUUAUCCAAACCAAAUGGAAAUUUUUUUGUGAUGACGAUGCCCGGCUUUUUAAACACAUUCAACACAAACACAGAGAGUCGAAACCCCUCUGUUUCAACUUGACAAUUUUAAACCGAAGCCUUUUUUUUUUUUUUUUGCAUGUGGCGGUUUGAACAAAGUUUUAAAACAUUAAAAGACCAGGAAUCCAUUGCCAUCUCACUAGUCUUUCUUGUGCACGGGCUGACUUUUAAGAACUGUAAUGUAAUUGUAAAUAAUAAGUAGCAAUACAAUUAGAUUAUAGUCUUAAGUCAGUGUGGGCUCUAGAAUGACUGGUUGGAUGACACUUCCUGUAUUUUGUACAAAAAAAUCAAUAACAUGGUUUGAGUACCUGAAAUCCGGCACAUAUUUUAAAACUACUAAUUGUACCUAGGGAAGUAUAUGAAAGUUGAUUCAGAUAUGAGCAUUCCAAAUUAACUUAAUCUGUCAUGCUGACAUGUCAAAAUAUUAUCUUACUUCAAUCUGUCACGAUAACUUGUCAUAUUACCAUCCUUGGCUUAAUCUGUCACAAUGGUUUGUCAUAUUUCAGUGUCAUUAGAGAAUGAAGCCUAUUGCAAUAUGAAUAACAACAACCCACCCCCUGCACUGAAACCAAGGGAGGCAAAAGCAGGUUUUUUUACAGACAUUUAUUUCCCUUGUUGAUUUAGGAUGAUAAGUUCAAGUUAUUUGUUUACAACUGCUUUCUUGUUUUUGGUUUUGUUUACUAUUGAUGGAUUGUUGCAAAAUUGUUUCUAUUAGCAUUGAGUUAAAAAAUUUAAGUCUACAACAAUCAUGAAUUCAUAGAUUUUUAUUGUCUAUGCCGACUGUGUCCAUAAGUUAUUCCCACAUUUUGUCUAAAUAGAAUAAAAACAUCAACAUGUAUGUAUAAUUCUGUAGAAGCCUAUGUAUUAUUUUGUAGAUGCCUCAUCUUUUUAAAAUGAUCCACAUUGAAUGUUUCAGGACACAGGAUACAUGCAUCUCUGUACCUUAUUUUCCUUAAUUUUAAUAUCAGUGUAAGAAGAUAAUGUGUGGUACACUACUUCACUUAAUUUAUUACAUAAAAAUCUCAUUUUUAAAAUAUUUCAAUUGUUUGGUUAAAAAAAAAACUAUUUGUUAAUUUGAUCAAUAUUUAAUCCAUUAGAAAGAUUUGAACUGUUGCCCAUACAAAUUCAAUGUUGCUUGUAUUACUAUUUUUAGACUUUGUAUCUGAACAACCAGAUUCUGUGUUGUCUACUUUCCUUUAAAAAAAAAAUUUGACUGUCUCAUUUUCAUCGGGUUUCCUCUGACUAUUUUAAAAGUAAGUUAGUAAUAGUAAUAUUGUCUGACCUCUCUCUAUUAGAUUUGUGUUUGAGAAAUUUUUCAAGUGUGUAAUUGUCUCUUGUCUGUUGUUUGUUUCAGAGUUUGAGUUUUCUUUUGCUACCGUACAUCAAUCAUGUAUAUGAUGCACAUUUUCGUUUUCCUUCUUCAUUAUCAUCAUCGUUUGAUUUCCUCCAUGAAACGUUUCACGUCAAAAGGGUUUGACGAGAAAGUAGGUACCCACAUGGUUACCUCCCCGUCAGCCCCAAGUUUGCAGCUGUUCCGAAGGGAGAGAAUCUCACCUCCAUUUUGUAGGAAUGAAACAUUUAGCCACCUCAGGUUGGCAGCCGAAGGUCAGAGGGCAGGAAGUAAGCAUUGCUGCAACCUAUGCUUGACUGCAACCUGUUGGAUGUAUUUCUACUUGACACUGCCCCGUGUUUACCAUCUUGUCAUCCUCAUGCCAUCUCAUGGUCAAGGGAAAACUGCUUCUGGUGAUGGACUUCAUUCCUCCAUGUCCCACUGUUGGCUGCGGCCCUGCUAUGGCUAGUUACGUACUAUUAAAGAUGAAAUAACUUUUUCACUGGCCUCUAAUUACAUCCCUAGGAUAGUUUUUAACAAGUCUUGACACGACUCAAUGUCACUUAUGUUGGGGGAAAGAGUACCGGUACUAUAAAAAUGAAAUCUAAAGGUCUGUAUCUUAUGGGAUUGAUCCUUAUAAAAUACUUGUGCAAUCUGGGACAAAAAAAUGUAAUUGGUACACCAGCUAUUGUUUCUUAACACCUCCCCCAUCAUCCUAAAGUGUUUCCGACCGAUGCUCUUGAAUUGACGCCCUUGAACUGAUCUCUUGUCUCCAGGUAAAAAAAGGUCACGCUCAAACCUGGGUAACGACAGCAGCAGCGAUUACACCUUGUAUUAUGAUGAUGUUAAACUUGUCAAUCCUAACUUGUCCCGGUUAAGUAAACUUGAUAGUGUCUCUAGCUCAUCCCUCAACUCAGAGCAUAGCCUCAACCCCAGGUACACGUCUCUGAGGAAGACGUCUGGUACAAGCGAGCUGGAGCUGUUUCGGAAAAGAGGUGAGAGGUACUCGAUGAAGAGGAAAAAACCCGAGCCGAACUUGCAACAGGCAAGUCAGCAGGAAACGAACCCCCCACCUGUUGGCAGCAAUGCCGCCUCAACCAGUGCCGCCUCCACCAAUGCCGCCUCCACUAAUGCUGCCUCCACCACUUCAGAUGGAAGUAGACAUUCUGCAUCCGAAACCAACAGUAAUAAAAGUGUCCCUCACUGGCAUGAAAUACUUCGUCAGCAGUCAGUUGUCCAGACGGCUGUCAAACAGUUGGUCAAGACUCAAAAGUCCGUCAAGGCAGGGAUUGAAUCCCCGCAGGUGAAAGUGACGUCGCCUGUUGACGUUGACAUAUUCACAUUGGUCAAGCCGAAAGUCUCUGCGGUCAAGACUGAAACUCCCGCAGACAGUCCCCAGUAUCUGUCCCCCAACCAGUCCAAAGAUGACUCUCACUCUUCUCAGGAGUCCAUAUCUAUGUAUGUGAAAGAAGCUCAGGCCAUCAAGGAACAAGCAGCAGCAGCUGCAGCAGCAUCGGUCUCCUCACAAUUGGCAAAGUCAGUUAAACCAACACCAUCAAAAAAUCAAUAUCCCAUAUCACAACCCAAACCUAGCAGUAAGGGCGGUCAGUUUCAAACAUCGACCCCCAAAAGUGAACGGAAUUUUAAAGGCUCAGUUCGGAAAGUCCUCAUGUCUGGAAAGUUUAGCUCGAAUCCCGCACCAGGAAGUCAAAAUGACACAACUCAGAGUCUACCUUCAAGGACAAAGAGCUUGUCAUUGCCCCAGCAGACAGCCAGGAAAGCUGGCAACAGCUCCAGCCUGCCCAGACGCGGGAAUCGGGUAAAAGGUAUCGCAGACACCCUGUACGCUUCCAAAGAUUGCCGCCAUUCCAGCAUAUGUAUCAUACUCAUUGGCUAGAAGCUCAUUCAGGUAGUGCUAAGUAGAAUUAACAUCUGCACAAUUAUCUGAAACUGCAACAAUGUACUCUUCAUAGCCACAGAAGUUAUUUGUACAAGUACGCGACAGUCGGUCAACACUGUGUCUAACCAAUCGUGUGCUUUGCUGCGUAUCCCAUGUCCCGCACCCUGCUUUUGAUCACUUCUAUAAUCCCGCUGCUGACCAAAUAUGUGAACCUUUCUCAAUUGCUCUUGUCUAACACUGUUAAUUCAUGGUCUUCCCAGUUUCAUACUUGAAACAGAAUAACAUAGCAUGUGCUCUAGAAACCAUUGAAUAAUAUUUGAGUUUCCAAUGUUCUAAAUUAAAAAUCCUGUGUUUUUUAUGUGUGCAUAUUUUCCUUCCACCCACAUUUUGUCCCCUUAAAGCUAUAUUAAUCGAUGUUUGCCACCCAAACCUUUCUCAUAGCCACCUUCUAUUCCUGAUAUAAAAUAUAAUAUGUUACAUUUUUGUAGACAUCAUUUGAUGAUUGGCCAAAGUCUUUUGGUGUAAGCCGUGUCCUCAUUUAGGAUUUCCUGUUUCUCACUGUAUGACUUUGACUGUUUCAAUUUGCAAUUAUCAUCCAUUCAAAAUCAAACUGUCUGGAUGAGUUUGUGUCGAAACCUGUUAGUUUUUGUGGAAUGUAAAUUUAAUUUAGAAGUUCUGUUCUCAAUUAAUUUGAACAAUUUUUAAACUUUUUUUUUUUUUAAACAUAUCCGAAUUUCAGACCAUUUAACCUAUGUCAAGUAAACAAUAUGUGCAUGUUUUCAAAAUGUUUUCCCAGAAGAAUGAUCUGAAACGGAUUUUUAGAAACCAUAUUUUAUUGUCUCCCAAUAAAUGUAGUGUGUCCCUGUGUGUGCUUGAUAUAUGGCCCUAUAAGAUGCCAUUCCACUUUCAGACAAGAGAGGGCACAGCAAACUCCCAGUGCUCAGUAAAGAGGAGAACACUGUGGAGAAGAAAACUGCAGAGAAAAAAUCUGGAGAAAAUGUGCAGCUCCUUACAGGCCAGCGCAGAGAUUCCUACUCUCAAGCUUUGGAAAAUCAGAAAGCCGCUGUGAAACUUCCCAAAGGUAACGCAAAUAAUAACGAUAGGUUCCGGGCCUGGAGAAAAGUCGGAGGCUCUAGUCGCGUGCAUGCUAAGACAGAGAUAACACCUGUAGAUCUAGACAUGCGUCGGAAUUCUGAUGCUUCGUCCGCUUCUAGCUUAGCUUCCGGCGGUACUAACAAAGACGGUAGCUCCGAUGAUACUAAAAGCAUGUCAGAGCAAGGCUUGCAUGAUGACCAGUCAUGGGACAGUGGAUCAAGUUCUCAGAAAUCAAAUACAACCAAAGGGUCCCAAUCAAAACUUUCAAAGUCAAUAGAUUCUGAAGUUCCUGUAACUGCUAAAAAUGUGGCACAAAAGUCCCCAAGGCCAUCUUUGAGUAGUGGCGCAGACAGUUUUGAAGAGGUGUAUAACUCAAAUGUCAACAAACUGGUUGAGCUGAUGAAUGGAGGGGAUACAGGUCACUCAACGCAUGACCCCAAGACGGUCGUCAAGGAGACUAAAAGAGUGCUGCCGUCAGUGCCAUCAAACGGUAAGAAAAAACAUCUUUUGCUUCAAAAAUCUUUCUCUCUCUCUGAGGAGGUGGCAGAAAGCUCAAAGUACCAGAGUUUUGAUGAUGCAGGCUCUGAUAGCAAUGUGCCAGUCAUUAGUGAAAAUAUUAAAGUAGAUCAUAAAUUAUUACUGCCUAACCCAAAUAGCCAAACCGUUUCUGAUGCUAAAUCAGGUCCAGCACACAUAGAAACUUUUUCAGGGAGCAGCAAGAAAAACUCCUCGUCAGAUGAAACUCCAGUGGCGCCUCCAAGAAAGACCAAGAGAAAAUUACCUUCGAUCGUAAUUAACGUUGAUCAACCAAUAGCAGAGGCUGCAGCCGUGAAGACAUCAGCCAAUGAAAGUCAAAAUGGGACAAGCGGAGGAGACGAACUGAAACCAAAGACUUUCCUGAGCCCUGUUCAUUUCCAUCCCCCCUCAGUGCUUCAACAGUUGGAAGAACUAGGCAGGGCCCGAGACGCGCCAGAUAAUCUUCAAGUCAACCUCUGCAGAUCCUCGUCCAAUGUUUCAGACACUCUGAGUAGUAUCACAGAAAUAUCUGAACAGUGGGGGGAGGCGGACUCACUGCCCUAUGAAAGUGAUGUGUGCAGUGACAGUACCUUACACGAGAGACAUUUUGAUGAAAGCUUCCUCAUUGAAGAUGAAAUACACAGUGAUAGGGGCAUUACUAUUUCUGUUCCUGUUACCUCGGACAGUGAAGUGAAUUCGAGAUCUGCUGAAAUUGACCGCUCAAGAGAGCGUCAGCAAGCAGACGUAAAGCUUAUUGAAUCGGAUGCUAGAGCCGAGGCAGAUCGGAAUGAAGGAAACCAAUCGGAUAUAGAAGACCAAGCCGACAGCCAAGUUCUGGAAGACUCAAACCCCGAAGACUUCAGCGAUGACAUGGAGCAGUCGGCCAUGGAAUGUGAGAGACAGUUCAAAGGUCGCUCAACAGCUUCUCACGACCCUGCACCGCUUGAUCCAGCAACACAGUCUCAGACCGGCACAGGCGCGGCGGCAGAUGGCAGAGAGUUUCACAGAGUUCCCUCUGAUACUGUGGCAAGGACAGAAAAUAAAUCAGAAGCUCUGAAGAGUGAAACAUGUGUUGACCGGAGGAAGAGUGAAGAAAAUGUUAAGGCGAGUCUCUUUGGAAAGUUUAUAGAAAAACCAGCAAUCUUUGAUCUGGGUUCCCUUCUGUCAGGUGGCAAAGAAAGAGCAAAGAAGAAAAAGGCCGUCACGGAUGCGCUGCUGCGUGAAAAGGGGGGUGACAAGAAGAUCACCUUGCUGUCCUGGGUACAGAAAAACCAAGAAGAGGAGGCCCAAACGUCCAUCGACCUGUUCGAACCUUACUCUGCUAUACCAGAAGCCACCCUCGACCUGGACAGCCAUGGUGAGACUGCUUGCUGUACUGUCGGAGGAGGGGCUUAUGGUGUGGGAGGAGCUUGUGGUUCUGACACCAAAAGCUUCCCUCUGGAUUGGAUGAGAUUUAUACCCCUGAUAUACCCAUGUUAUUCCUCCAUUGCAUGCAGGCAGUGCACUAUAUGAUAUACCUUUCUUCUCUUGGCAUGUGUCCUCCCCCUGCCCUACUUUCAUCAUUGAAACAUCUAUUUUAAAAACUUGCAUACAAAAUGCAUAGCAGGUAUUUUAUGAUGAAGUUAUGCGUGUACCUUUAUUUCCAUUUCUUGUGGCUCUUGGUAUGUAAUGGCUCCGCUAAGUUUUGUGCUAUUUUAGUUAAAGUCUUAAACAUAAUAAAAAUAUUGCAUUUAAUUUUUUUUUGUAAUAGUAAUCUUAACAUUUGUAAUUAGAACCAGUCAAAUACUAUUCAAAAUCUUUCAAUUGCUUAAAAUAAAAGCUUUUGGAAUAAGGAAAUUUUAAAAUAAUUUUGAAUAAAUUUAUUCCAAUUUAAAUUAUAAUAAAAGAAAAAGAACACCAUUUUUUACAGAUAUUUUUGGGAGUUGAGGAGCAAUAUAAAUAUGGCCAUAGUAUUAAUUAUAUGUUAAAUCAUUCACCAGCUCAAUAAAAAAUGCCUAAAAUUAUGUGUUUAAUCAUUUAAAAAAUUAAUUAUGCAUAUUUCAAUGUGUUUACUUAAAUAAGUUUCUUGAAAUAUCUUAAGGUUUAUUAUUAUUUCUUACACCAUAGCUAUAGAAGGAGUUGAGGUACUAUAGCACAUUUUUUUGCAGAAUGAGUUGUUGCGUGCGUGUUUAUACAUUAAGAGAGGCAAGACUAAUUAGUUUGGCUUUGAAUUGUUGUCUAUUUAAACACUAAGAGCAGCAAGACUAACUAGUUUGGUUUUGACUUGCUUGAUGCCAAGUUCCAAUAUGCACACUAAAAAAAUGUCAUGAUGCCAAGUAUCUGAUUGCACGGCUUGUCCACAGUCACUGAAUGCUCACAAUAACGUGUCCUUCUUUUAGAACAUUAACUUUUGACCAACUUACAGCAGUUAAACCCCCCCCCCCCCCCAUCCCGCCACACUUUCAUUAUUACUGUGAAGAUUGGCAUUUCCAAAUCUAUUGAAACUAUGCAGUGAAAUUUUUUUAUUUUAGAACAUUAACUUUUGACCAACUUACAGCAGUUAAACCCCCCCCCCCCCCAUCCCGCCACACUUUCAUUAUUACUGUGAAGAUUGGCAUUUCCAAAUCUAUUGAAACUAUGCAGUGAAAUUUUUUUUUAAAUACAACUACAGUUUGUUUAUUUUGGUCAGUGAAUAUGUUGGGUGUUGUAACUGUUGAAAUGAAAUGACCAAACCAUUAAAAAAAAAAAUUGCAUCAAAGUCCCUGUAUUAUGAGCUGGCCAGGGUAAACUAAAAGAUCUAUGACGUCUUGUUAUAGCAAACUGUUGCACUACUUGACAACUUCCACCAAAACCAUAACUUAACAUCAUUAACAGUUUGAGAAAUGUAUAUUCAUUUUUUAAUGCUUACAUGCUAUGUACUAAGAAAAACAGUGUAAAUGGCACAUCUAACUAUUUCUAUUUAUGAGCAAACAGAUGUAGAUUGAUGUAGGAACAGAACCUGUACAUUGCCACCUGUAUUUAAUUAAGUAGUUAACUGUUGUACUCAGAUUUCAAGAUGGAUAUUUCACUCCUCUCUUUUGAGCAUUUGGCUGGGGGUUUUUUUAUAACCCAAAAGCUUUUUUGCUUCAUUGAUUUAUCUACCAGAAUGAGGAAUGUGUGUGAUUUUAAGUCUAGCUUGAAAAGUGUUAUUAACAAUUGCUUAUUUCUUAUGUUGGAUUGUUCAUCAGACCUGUCUCGGACAGAAAAUGCUGGUCUAGAAUAUUAGUCACCAGUACAUCACAAGAAAAAAAUUAUUGAUGUGGAAAAUUAAUUCAUCAAACCUGUCUCAGACAGAUAGGGCCGGUCUAGAAUAUUUUUUAUAUCACAAGAAAAACAAGUCUUGGUGGAAAAUAUUUCCUUCUUCAAAAUAAAAGAAACUUACUUCUGUUAUAGUUUAGUGAUUAUAUUUGCAUUGUGAGAGGUUUUGAACAGAGCUGCUAAACUACCAAGCAUAUACUGAUGGCAACUUAUUGUCAUGCCUCAUAGCUUUCAUGCUGGUUUAUGAUCCACAACAAAACAAUUGCAUAUACUGAUGGCAACUUAUUGGUCAUGCUUCAUAGCUUUCAUGCUGAUGGCAACUUAUUGUCAUACCUCAUAGCUUUCAUGCUGAUGGCAACUUAUUGUCAUGCCUCAUAGCUUUCAUGCUGAUGGCAACUUAUUGUCAUGCCUCAUAGCUUUCAUGCUGAUGGCAACUUAUUGUCAUGCCUCAUAGCUUUCAUGCUGAUGGCAACUUAUUGGUCAUGCCUCAUAGCUUUCAUGCUGAUGGCAACUUAUUGGUCAUGCCUCAUAGCUUUCAUGCUGAUGGCAACUUAUUGUCAUGCCUCAUAGCUUUCAUGCUGAUGGCAACUUAUUGUCAUGCCUCAUAGCUUUCAUGCUGAUGGCAACUUAUUGUCAUGCCUCAUAGCUUUCAUGCUGAUGGCAACUUAUUGUCAUGCCUCAUAGCUUUCAUGCUGAUGGCAACUUAUUGUCAUGCCUCAUAGCUUUCAUGCUGAUGGCAACUUAUUGUCAUGCCUCAUAGCUUUCAUGCUGAUGGCAACUUAUUGUCAUGCCUCAUAGCUUUCAUACUGGUUUAUGAUCCACAACAAAACAAUUGCAUAUACUGAUGGCAACUUAUUGUCAUGCCUCAUAGCUUUCAUGCUGGUUUAUGAUCCACAACAAAACAAUUUGCAGAGAUAAAAUUUUCUGGAGAAAUUUCCUUUUUAAUGUGCAAGUGCUUGACCAAUGUUUUGAGACUGGUCAUUUUAAAGGGCACUGUAAUGUAAAUCAGUCAUUAGCUUUUAAAAAAACAAAUUGUAGUGUUGAAGAUACAUUUAUUGCAUGAAUAUUAAAUUAUAAUUUUUCCUUUCUUAUAUGGAUCUUGAGAUGAUUCAGAUUUUUUUUAACACCUGCCCUCCUGUAAUCAUCAAAGUCUGAUAAACAAAAUAACCUGAUAACAUUUUAGUGACUUACAAGAUUUGUUUUUGAAUCAGGUUUUGUUUUCAUAGCCAUAGUGAAAAACAAAUAAAAUUUUUAUGCAUGAAAUAAAAUGACCUUUCAAAAAAAAAAAAAAAAAAAAAAAAAAAAAAAAAAACAAAGAAAAAAAAAAUAAAAAAAAAAAAAAAAAAAAAAAAAAUUAAAAAAAAAAAAAAAAAAAACUUUAAAAAAAAAAAAAAAAAAAAAAAAAAAAAAAAAAAAAGAACAUGGCAGAUAAGAUUUAUUUAAACUUCAAGAAAAUAAGAACGAAAUUAAAAACUGUUAAAUGAUGACGAAUUGAAAUGCUGAUUAAUGGAUGUAUAUUGUGAUUUAAAUUAUUUAUUUCUUUUCGUUUCCUUUCUUUGCUUUUUUUGCAUGUGGCCAUUAUUGCACUUCAAAUGGCUUGCAUAUCUUAAGCUUAAUAUAUUGCUGAUAUUUCUAUUUAUUCCAGUAUCUGACAAAAAUUAAUUCCAAGUAGCUGAAUAAUUUAGAUGUUUGAAGCUAAAAUAAGUAUUCCUAAAACUAAAUAUUCCUAACAAUUUAUAUGGAAGAUUUAAAAAAAAAAUUAAAUACAGUGCAAUAGCUAACCAGUUUCAUUAUGAUACUAUGUCAUUUAUCAAACUAACUUUAUUUUCAGUCUAUCAAAAUACAGCAAACUUUAUCUGAGCUUUAAAUUGACUGUAUUAAAUUUCCUUACCUCUUUUACACAGAAUUGAAAUAUAUAUAUAUAUGUAAAUAUUAAGAUAUUGGUAAUUUUGUCAUUAGUUUAAGUAAAAGAAAUUUAUCAUGUUCUGUUAAAGAAAAAGUAAUUUGUAAGGUUCUGUUAAUGUAAAAGAAAUUUAUCAUUUUCUGUUAAAGUAAAAGAAAUUUAGCAUGUUCUGAUAAAGUGAAAGAAAUUUCUGAUAAAGUAAAAGACAUUUAUAAUUUUCUGAUAAAGUAAACAAUUUGUCAUGUUCUUUUAAAGUAAAUUAAAUUUGUCAUGUUCUUUUAAAGUAAAUUUAAUUUGUCAUGUUCUUUCCCAUUUUCUGGGCUCUGUUUAAUCCCACAUUUUUGGCCAACAAUCAGAGUUAGUACGUGACAGUGGAGUCAACAGCAGCCAUACAAGUAGAGCCAACACACCAGAACAACCUACUCACAGCAGUAGCAGAACCAGUGUCCCCGAACAACGUGCUUCCCAGCAGACGCAGCAGAAAUCACACGCGGACCAACUUCUGGUAGUGCCUGUCAUAGCGGUCACCAACGCUGGAGAUGAGGUAAGGAGGCAAACCACCCAGCCCAUAUUUCAUCCUGAAUUACACCCAACUAGCUGUUGCUACAACUAGCUGUUGCUGCACCUUCUGUAAUCAUAUUGAAUUUUGCUACUCUUUAAUUCGGGCCAUUUUGAAAAUUGUAUGACUCUAGAAAUGAAAUGACGUUGGUAUUUUUUUCCCUAGCUGACACCUGUUGCAUGGAGAAGGAGAAGAACUGCCACCAAUAACAACAGCAAGGCACAUUAUGUUUUACCUUCAGCAUGUCUUGUAGUCUAAGUCCAUAAUAGCAGACCAGAUAGGGUCAGCAUGUCUUGUAGUAUAAGAAUCUGAUAGAUCUAAUAGACUUGCAGUUAAAAACCCAUAAGACAACAGGAACUUUUUACUUUAAUCAGCAUGCAAUACAAGAGAAAAAUCUAGAUUUAGAGGUUCUUUCUUGUGUCUGUCUGUCAUUUCCCCCCUCCUAACCCUCUUUCUCCCCCACAAUCCCUUUGGGUCCCCUCGUGACAUUAGAUUCAUCUUAAUGACAGCUAAGAACUGUGACAGCUAAUAACUUGACAGCUAAUAACUGUGGCAGCUAAUAACUGUGACAGCUAAUAACUGUGACAGCUAAUAAUUGUGACAGCUAAUAACUGUGACUGCUAAUAACUGUGACAGCUAAUAACUGUGACUGCUAAUAACUGUGACAGCUAAUAACUGUGACUGCUAAUAACUGUGACUGCUAAUAACUGUGACAGCUAAUAACUGUGACUGCUAAUAACUGUGACUGCUAAUAACUGUGACUGCUAAUAACUGUGACUGCUAAUAACUGUGACAGCUAAUAACUGUGACAGCUAAUAACUGUGACUGCCUAUAACUGUGACAGCUAAUAACUGUGACUGCUAAUAACUGUGACUGCUAAUAACUGUGACUGCUAAUAACUGUGACUGCUAAUAACUGUGACAGCUAAUAACUGUGACUGCUAAUAACUGUGACUGCUAAGAACUGUGACUGCUAAGAACUGUGACAGCUAAUAACUGUGACAGCUAAUAACUGUGACAUUGAAAAUUUCUUCAUUUGACUUUUUUUUCAAUUUUAUUCAAGUUCAAACAUUGAAAAGGGGGGGGGGGGGGUUAUUAUUUUUUUUUUUUAAAAAAUAAUAUUGAGCAGCUCACUCCAUUACACUAGACAAGAAUCAUGACUUAGUUCAGUUAUAGGUGGCUUUCAUCAAGUCAACAUGCAAUAUUGGAUGCAUAUAUAUUGUUUUAAUUAUUGGGGUUAGCACCUAAUGGAUCCAGGAUUUCCCCUUAUUCUCUAUGUAUUCUCUAAAGGCUCCACAGAGAUUUUCAAGAUAUAGCCGAAAUAAACCAGAGCACUACAUGCAAAGUGACCUUAAAAAAAAAAAAACAAGUAUUUUAAAAAAAAAAAAUUUUUUUACUGUCUCCUUGUUUUGUUUUAGCAGAAAGAAAGGGAAGAAGAAGAUGAUGAUUUGUAUGAAAUGUUUGACAACAAACGAGGAUCCAGGAUUUCCCCUUAUUCUCUAUUUAUUCUCUAAAGGCACCAAAGAGAUUUUCAAGAUAUAGCCGAAAUAAACCAGAGCACUACAUGCAAAGUGACCUUAAAAAAAAAAAAAACAUGUAUUUUAAAAAAAAAAAAUUUUUUUACUGUCUCCUUGUUUUGUCUUGGCAGAGAGAUAGGGAAGAAGAAGAUGAUGAUUUUGAUGAAAUGUUUGACAACAAACGGCCGCAGUUAUUAGGGAGUCGUAACAGCUUGGCUGUAAGUUCAUAAAAUGUGGCUGGCUGGAAACGGAUUCAUUUUUCACGGGCAUGAGAACCCCCUCACAUGGCUAACCUCUUUUGUUCAUACUUUUGUUUACUUAACAUUUGAUUUCAGCUCUAAUUCAAUUUUAACCGAUCCAUUUUUUUAAAAAAAGGGACGCUUUAUGUGUAUGCACAUUUAUAAAUACACUCAUCGUGUGCUUAUCAAUAUUAUUUCAGUUUCAGUUUUAUCAUCAUGCACACAUUUGUUUUAACAAGUUGCACACUAAUCAUUAUUUAAAAUGUUUUUUUUUUAAAUGCAUAUCUGUGUGUAAUAAAAUAUAUCAAGAUCAAUGCACUCAAAGAAUAGUUGAUAUUUACCAAGAGUCUUUAUCAUGCAGUUUUGUUGUGAGUGGGAAAAGGGAGGGGGGGGGUGUGCUACAGUUAAUUUAUAUGUGCUGCAGUUUCAGCCGCCUUUAAGAAAUAAAAAUAUUAAAUGAAAAAAUUAAUGCAAAAUGAAUAUAAUUAAUUUUUGAAACUCCAUAUUUUGAAUUAUGGAGUACAGUUAGAUUGUUGUAUACCAUUAUGAAGGAACAGACCAGUUAUCUCAAUCAGUGUCAAUCACCACUAGCUCAUAGUGAAUUUCAGCUUUAUAUUCUUUUAUGGCAUUGAAAAAAAUGUACUUUUUAAUAUAACUGGUUUCAGAAACUUUAUAUCAUUUAAUCUAUGUAUUGUCAUUGUCCUAAAUACUUAAGUCAAAGUCAUAUCUGCCAUGUACAGAAGCUAAGAAAUCAAUCUAAAGAUCUUAUUUGAUCUUAUUUGCUUCACUGUGCUUGUCUAAUUUUGGGUUCAGGAGUCUGUUUCAAACCAAUCAGAAUUCAGCAUUUAUAAAUGUAUGCUGUUUUUAAAAAAAAAAUCUACCCCAUAGGUUUUUUUUGUUUGUUUGAGAGGCAUUGCUAAGAAUAUCAGGCAUAUUAAAGGGUAAAAGAUGUUUAUGAAAAGACCAAUACUAAGAGGUAUUACUUUAGGGCAGUGGUUCCCAAAGCAGGGUGUAUGCCCCACAGUGGGGAAAAUUGAAGAUUUUUUUUUGGGGGGGGGGGGGACGACAUUUAGACUUUGGGGAAAUGUUUUUGCAUUUAAAAAGUGGGGCUGGAGCCAAAGUUAAAAAUGGGAGCAAUUUACCCUUUGCAGGUGCUUAUGUGGGGCAUAAAGGGUAAAAGAUAGUUAAGAAAAGACCAAUACUAAAAGGGUAUACUUUAGGGAAGGGGUUCCCAAAGGAGGGGGUUAGGCCCACCGGGGGGAAAAAUGAAGAUUUUUUUUUGGGGGGGGGGGGGACGACAUUUAGACUCUGGGGAAAUGUUUUUGCAUUUCAAAAGUGGGGCUGGAGCCAAAGUUAAACAUGGGAGCAAUUUAACCUUUGCAGGUGCUCAUGUGGGGCCUAAGGCAGAACAUUUUUGGAUACACUGCUUCAGUUGCAUAACUCGAUGACCCAAAGGAAUCUGACUGUGAGCACAUCAGCUCAUUUUAAAGAUCAACAUUUUACUGACCUGGUCUUAUUGUGACUAGGGGUAGAUCCAUACAUUUUGUUGUGCACAUCAUCAUCAAAAGUCAAUUUUAAGCUCAUUAAGAAAAACAAGAAAAGAUAUUGUUGUUUGAUGCUCUAUGCAAAAGUGAGUUGAAUACAAGUGCCGGAUUUAUUGCCAGGUAGUAAUAACAUGAUUUAAGCAUGAAUGUUGGUGCUGGCCUGGUUGUGGGGAUUCAUUUUAAAUGAUGAGAUGAACAUGAAUUUCCUAACCUAUUCACAUACAUUUAUAUCAUUAGAUGCUUUCCUUUCAAAUACAAUUAUCAUCAUUAGAUGCUUCCCUUUGCUUACUAACAAUUUAUUGCUUUUAAUAAGACCAGUCUUGUGUCACUUAAUUCAUAUGGCUUAUUUUUAAGGGAGGCUAACGUAUUACUUAGAAUACAAAACCUAUUAGGUAUUUGAUAAAGUUAUAAAUCAAAUAAGAUUAUUCAAUUGUCCAAUCCCCCCAGCUCCUCAAUUGGUCAAUACCCAAUACCUUCUAACUGUUCUGGUGUUGCCAAGAUUUAUUGGAUUAAAUUCCGUGUCAGUCUCUUUUCAUUCAUCUACUGAAUGAUUGUGCCUGUUUGUUAACACAACAAGCAUCCUGUACACUCAGCUCAAUUUAAAACAAUUGCUUCACUAUAUCCAUCAAAUGAAUCAAUUUAUUUCAUGAAGAAUUAAAUUUAACUUAUUGAAAUAAUUUUUACCUAUUUUUUGUCUUUCUGAGAGUACAUUGUAAUAUAUAUAAAAAAUUCCAUUUAUCUGGAUCAAUAAAAGAAUGUUACCUUAUCUUAUAUUAAAUUUAAAUGGCAAAGAAUAAACUUUUCUUUAGCAGCGGUAGGACCUAAGUCAAACGAACAAUUUAAAAUUAUUUGUAUCUUGGUCAUUGCCACUAUCCAGAAUAAUACAUUUAAAAAUUACACCUACUGGUAGAAUCCAUGAAACAAAAUAGUUCACCCAUCAGAUAACCUGACUUAAAUGCCAUGAUUAUUAUUAUAUAUCUGUGACAACAAAAGGACAGCCGAGAGAGCAUUUACAGUGUAUACAGUGAUGCAGGGGAGGUAAAUUAUGGUAGGAUCCCCGUCACAGGGGACAUCAUGUUCAACCUGAGCUACAAUGCCAAGGCCUCUCAGCUGGAAGUGCACAUCAAACAGUGUCGGGAUCUCGGACCGGUGGACACCAAACACAACAAAUCAGACCCGUAAGUAGUCAACGCGAGUUCUUUUAGGCUCUUUGUAAUCAGGAUGAAAUUGAAAUUAUUUUUAAAAAAAUAUGAAAUGAGAGUUCUUGUUAAGAGAGGUGAUUUUAAGAGAGAGGAUGUUAAGAGAGAGGAUGUUAAGAGAGGGGAUGUUAGAAUUGUUAAAGGAUUUCAUUUCUCAGCUGUUUUUUUUUUUAAAAACUGUAUUUUUAUUUUCCAGAUAUGUCAAGACGUAUCUCCUUCCUGACAAAACUCGAAGCAGCAAGAGAAAGACAAAGAUAAAAAAGCACACGCUUAAUCCCACAUUUGAUGAGACCUUAAAGGUGAGACUAGGCCAUGUUUCUAAGCACAGCCUGGUUUAGGUCAAUACUGCUUUACUGACCUUUAGAAGUAUUUCUAAAAGAAUUUGACAUUUAGACAACAGGUAGGGUUAAGUGUUGUUAAUUUUUUACGGGUGAGAUGUUGUUCUACUGAGAAAUUCUUGAGCUUGUUUUUUGCUCUGCUUUCCCCAGUAUUCAAUCAGUAAAGCAGAGCUCGAGUCUCGCACGUUGUGGGUCACAGUCUGGCACAAUGAUCGAUUCGGUCGAAACGACUUUCUGGGGGAGGUUACCAUACCUUUAGACUAUUAUAGAUUUGAUGAGAACGAACCAAGAUGGUACCCAUUGCAAGAAAGGGUGAGUAAGAUUCUCUCCACCAUCUCUCCAGCCUACCUAAGUGGAGUGAAAAAGAUACACAAAUACCAAAAUAUCAUGGGCUUUUUUUUUUUUUUUUUUAAUCUAUGCAGAUUUAAAAUAAAAGAUAACAUUGGACUGCUAGAAACCAUUGGGAGUGAAACAAUGUGAUCUAGAAUGGUACCCAUUGCAAGAAAGGGUGAGUAAGAUUCUCUCCACCAUCUCUCCAGCCUACCUAAGUGGAGUGAAAAAGAUACACAAAUACCAAAAUAUCAUGGGCUUUUUUUUUUUUUUUUUGUAAUCUAUGCAGAUGUAAAAUACAAGAUAACAUUGGACUGCUAGAAACCAUUGGGAGUGAAACAAUGUGAUCUAGUUGAUAAUAUGACUGUUUAUUUAAGUGAGAAGAUCAUUUUGGUCAGGAUGCUCCUAUGAUUGUUGUUGACUAGGUUGAACUUGUUUAUAAUAUAAAUGUUUAUUUAUAUGAGCAGGCCGUUGGUCAAGAUGCCCCUGUGAUGCUACACAAGGGUAAACUUGUUUAUUUUCAAUGAGCAGGCUGUCGGUCAAGAUGCUCCUAUGAUGGUGUACAAGGGUGACCUCUUCGUCUCGCUCAAGUAUGUUCCAGCAGACAUGGUAGAGAAUGCUCCCAAGAAGAAGUCUGGAUCAUUUCGCAAGAAGAGCAAGGAGAAGGAGAAGCCGCAGACAGGGCUGGGAGAGGUUCAUGUCUUGGUUAGAGAGGCUCAGAAUCUCACGGCCAUGAGGGCAGCUGCUGGCUCGAAUCCUUUCUGUAAAGGGUAAAUGGAUUACAUUACUUGGUGUUUAGAUCUCUUUAGACAGUCUACCGAUGUCCUGACUGGACUCCAAUUAACAAAUCAGUGACACAAUUAACUUGGUGACAUGUAAAAACUUAUUAACAUAAUUAAAUACAGUGAACUUAUUAGUAUUAUUCAACCACUUUAUGUUAUCAUUUAAUUACUUAUUGACGCGUAUUCUUUUCUUUAACUCUAUUCAUUUCUCUGAUAUAAAAAACCCAACUUUUCGAACCCUGUAUCUUUUUUAAUUUUAUUUUUUGCCAUUUUUUAAAUAUUUUUUUAAAUUUUUUUUUUUUUUUGUAAAUCGUAAAAUUGGUAGAAAUUUGUUGUUUUUUGUUAAAAAGGUUAGAAGAAGAUUUGAAUCAUUUUGUUUGGUGGGUUUGAUGUAUUUUUUUUAAUUUUAUUUUUUGUCAUUUUUUAAAUAUUUUUUUAAAUUUUUUUUUUUUUUUUGUAAAUCGUAAAAUUGGUAGAAAUUUGUUGUUUUUUGUUAAAAAGGUUAGAAGAAGAUUUGAAUCAUUUUGUUUGGUGGGUUUGAAGAAACCUUUGAUAGAGCCGGGUAAAAGAUGCCACAUUAGACACAUUUUCUUUAGUCGUAAGUCGAUGUGGCAGUGCAAUAUCUAUAAAAAUGAAUGCUCUACGAAAAUAUCAAUCGAUUUCUAUUCAAAUCGUCCGAUGAUUGAGAACCAGAAUCAAGUGAUUCUGAUUCAGAUUUGGAUGAGAAUCAUCCUUUGCAGCGCAUUGAAGUAGUGAAUACUAGAAGGUCAGUUUAUAAGUAUUUCAACAUUUGAUGUUUUUCUGAGUUUUAUUAUAAUUUUUAUAAGUGUACGGGUUUUAAUUUUGUUUUUAAGCAUAUUGAAAUAUUUGUUUGCCAUUUUAAAGGGAAAUUACUUAAAUUUCAUCAUUUUGUAAUGUGCAAAUAUUUUAUUACAUUAGAUAAUUUGUUCAGUCUUAUUCUUAGCGACUGUGGCCAAGGGCUGUAAACAACGCAGUGGGAGCUGCUUAUGAGCAUAUAUUUCAUUCUAACGAAAAUGAAAUUUGACUUUUGUGUGUGUUGUGAAAAAUAAAUUCAAUGAUUGGUAUAUUUUGAAAGUCAUGAUGGUUGUAACACAACAUUUGAAACUAUAAUAUCUGUAAUUGCAAGUUAAGUAGGCCCUAUAUACUUUGUAUUCAUUUCAUCCCUAAAAUUAGCAUAUAUAAUAUUUCUUGUUCUUUUAUAUUUGCAGUGAAACUCAUAUGAUGACCAACCAGUUUCCAUUGUUAAGUUUUUUUCCCGCCAGGCUUACAUCUUAGGGAAAUGGAAACAAGGCAAAAAUGGAUACAGUCUUUACCCUCAAAGUUUUUUCAAGUUUCAAUCCAAAUACAAUGUAUUCAAUGUGAUGAUUAACAUAUGUCAAAUGCAACAACAUCUAUGCUUCUUCCGUGGAACCUUCUAAACCAUCAUCAACAGUAGAUAGAUGUUACAGCAGAUGAAUUGUACACCUUUCUAGGACUUCUAAUGUACAUAGAAGCUGGACUGGUCCCCAGUGUUAAAAAAAUACUUGUCAACAUUGAGACAGUACCAUGUAUCUUUAUGCCACAAAUCAAUUUUAUUCAAAUUAUGACAUUCUUCAAAGUUACUUGUAUUGAAACAGAAAAUGAGGAGGACAGACUGUUCAAAAAGAAGUUCUUAUCUAACUUUAUCAGAAUUUUUUUAUAAAAAUGAAAGCGAGAUGAUCUGUGGUAAAUAUGAGACAAAUAAAUUUUAACUGCUCAGUUGAGAGGAUGCUGAGCAAGAGGGCAGAUACCCAUUGCACAAGAAGGCACAGCCCAGCCCCAGCCUGACCAGCCCAUCACUGAACCGGGAGGCAAAGCCUGGCUCGAUGACUGGGCAGCAGGUUACACUGAGCAUGAGCUCUACCACAACAUGCUGCGGAUCCAAUAAGAGUGACCCCUGGAGAAAACUGGCACAUGUGGAACAAAGCCUCAUUGCACAGAUGCAAACAGAACACUACCUGACACAUAGCUACCUACUUAGUCUCAUGCAGAGAUCCUUACUGCGAAUCUGUAACCUGGCCACUGAAAUGGUGGAACACAUAAUGGCUUAGUGCCCUGAUACUGGCAGGGGUUUCGACAGGUCAAACCCUGAAAUUAAUAGUUUCAUUUCUGGCUUGAUGAGGCUUGCCUGUGAUGGGCUAGCCAAAGUUAUAAGAGUUUAGGUUCAGUCUUACAAGGGAAUGAAUCAUAUUAAGUUGCUGGGUGGCCGAGCGGUAUAAACUGUCUUAAACCAAAUAGCUGGUGGUCUAGAGUUCAAUCGCCACCAAGCCAAUAUCCCAAGCACCCCGGGUGGAUGGGACUCGCUAGCCUUGGACGGCUACCAAUCUAAGAGAAGGCAAACUCUGAAUUUAAACCAGGAGCCAGAAUGAUCAACUAAUUGAUCUUGGGCUCCUCAAAUAUAAGAAUUAAGAAGAAUUUGAGAGAUGAUAAAGUAUCCCUUAUUUCAAAUUAUAUGAUUAGCAAAUGGAUUUUCUUUAGUGAACAGGAGAACCACAACCUAUGGUGUCUUUACACCUAUUAUCUAUUUCAGGAGGGAAAAAAGGAAAAUCCUGAUAUAACUAAACUAAAUUGACCUAAUUUUUAACUUCACAUUUAUUUCACAGAGGAACCUAUUUGAGGCAUUAGCCGGAUUAUUACAAAAAAUACAAAUAAUGAUGCUCCAAGUGCCUCAUAAUUAAAUAUCACAAAAUACAAUAGAAUACACAAUACAUGGUUUCUGAUUGCAAAGAUUUGAAAAGAAAUUGUUAGGUGUGAUAUAAACUAAGAAUGCACAAGAAAAUCCACAUUGAAAAGUAGCCCAUGACACUUACACAAGAAACUGGAUAAUUGAGUAACUUUUAAGUUUGAAUUGUCUUCUGGUAUGUUUUCUUCUGUGUAAAUACUUUCAAACAGGUAAAAUCAUAAUAACCUGUAAUUCUUGUGAAUACUUUGUGGUGGCGUGGAGAUUUGUUAUACUAUAUCUUUAUUAUUAUUUCCUCUUUUUGACACAUUUUACACAAUCUCUCAUAUUAUGGUCAAAUGCUCAUAAAACAUUCUAUUUGUUCAUAUGACUUACACAAAUGAAUAUUGUUUUUGAAUAAACAGGUUUUUAUGCUAAAAAUCCAGGUAGUUUAUUAUUUUUUCUUCUUUGCAUCUAAUCAACAAAACUUGAACUUAUAUGUUUUGAAGCAAUAAUUGAUAGGAGCUGCAUGCAUUUCCACACAAAUUAAUGUAUAACAUCAUGAAUACUAGACAUGGAUUCUAUAAGUUAUUGACUCUUGUGGGGGUCACUAGAAGUCUCAAGAAAAUUUUUUUAGAAAAAUUCAAAUACUGCAAAGAGUUGAAGUAUUUUCUGCGCCCAUCAUUUAGUUAUGACAAUCAAAGCAACAAAGUUAACUGAAAAUGUAAAAAUCAUUAUAUUUAUUAAUGACAGUACCCCAUUUGACACUAAAUCUCAUACCUUUGAUGCAUAUUGAUGUCAAGCCUGUUUCUGAAACUCAUAUACCUCCUACUGGAUGUGUCACAUAAUGAAAUGUUUCUGUUUCAGCCACCUCCUACCGGAUGUGUCACAUAAUGAAAUGUUUCUGUUUCAGCCACCUCCUACCGGAUGUGACACAUAAUGAAAUGUUUCUGUUUCAGCCACCUCCUACCAGAUGUGUCACAUAAUGAGAUGUUUCUGUUUCAGCUACCUCCUACCGGAUGUGUCUCAUACAAGCAAACAGAAGACCCCAGUCAUCAAGAAGACCACCAACCCCCAGUGGCAACACAUUUUGACGUUUGAAGGCGUCGACCAGUCCCAGCUCCACCAGCAUGGCCUGGAGCUGACCAUCUGGGACCACGAGAAGCUGUCCAGCAAUGAUUUCCUGGGAGGUGUUCGGCUUAACUUGGGGCAAGGUACGGGCCAGCAGCGUAAUUUAUCUAGCAGACUGCCGUGACAGCAUGCUAAUCAUUUUUUUUGAAAAGUUAACUUAGUUUUAGAAUACCAUCAUGAAUUACACCAUCAUGAAUUACACAAAGUCCAGAUCAAAAUAUACAGGCAUAGUGUUUAUAUAUUUUCACUGAUGAACUUUUGGGUACUAGUCAGUUCAAUUUUUGGUAUUCACAAUCUCUUGUGAAAUUGAUUUUUGAGCAACAAUUACAUCUUAAAAAAAACAAAACCAAUAAUGUUUAGUAAGGCAAACCAAUGGGCAUUUGGAUGAAUGUAAAAAAUGUAAAUUAUAUAAACUGAUGAUGUAAAGAAGGACUCGCAUCAUUUGGGGCCUGUGUAUGGAGGCAGAAAGCCAUGGAUCGGUCCGAAUGGAAGGAAAUGGUGGAGCAGGCUAGGGCCCUACAUGGCCAGUAGCGCCACUGAUGACGAUGAUGAUGAAGUUAUAAAAAAAAAAAAACAACUGCAAGAAGUAAAAGUUCUUUACGUUAAUAUUUAAAGCUUGCAUAUCUUCAGCGAUCGUAACCUUUUGCUGGUUAAUAAGUAUUUUAACUAAUCGCUUUCCCAAAGCUUAGACAGAAAAAAAAGUGUGCUUCUGUUCAUUUAUUACACGUCUGUCUCUGUAAUGGACAUCAUUGAAACAUUUAUUGAUGGAUUUAGUCAUACAUACUUGGUCUUAGAUGUUGUCUCUCAUUCCCCACCACAGGAACACAUCAAGGCAAGCCAGUAGAUUGGAUGGAUGCCAGAGGCGAAGAGGUCGAAGCCUGGCAGAGCAUGAUGGAGCAUCCGAACGAGUGGGUCGAUGCCCAGCUGCCGCUGCGCGCCUCCAUGGGAAAGCAGAAUGUCAAGAAAUAGUCCAGCUAUGGGACACUCUUCCGGAAAGGAGUCCAGCCGAGUGUAGGCAAAGGAAAUGUUUAUGCCGGGAAAGAAGAUUUGGGUCAGUGUUCAGAUUGUGUCAGUCCAAACUUGAAGGCUGAGAUGAAGAAGUGUCCUGGUCAUUUAGAGCCUGAGGAGGCAAUGUUAAGUCAGGCUGGAGGGUCAUCUCAGCCCAGGCACGUGGGCACUUCUGACAGUACUCAGUGUACUUCUGAAAGUACUCAGUGCACCAGCUCUGUAGUAGCUAGAGAAGGGAUUGAUGAGAAACAGGCUUUGAUGAUGACUAGCUCAGUACAUAGUCCUGUACAUAGCUUAAUACAGAGCACAGUAAAUAGCAUAGUAAAAAGUCCAGUCCAUAGUAUAGAACGUAGCACAGUACAUAGCUCAGUAUAUAGCUCAAAAAUAGUUGCUAGUUUGUCCCAAGCCAAACAAUUCAUUGGUAGCCCCGAAGAGCAUUUACUUAGCUCAGAACUAGCUGCUACUUCAUCCCAGGCCGAACAAUUCACUGAUAGCCUUUAUGAUCAUUUACAUAGCUCGGAACCAGCUGCCACUUCAUCCCAGGCCAAACAAUUCACCGAUAGCCUUGAUGAUCAUUUACAUAGCUCGGAACUAGCUGCCACUUCAUCCCAGGCCAAACAAUUCACCGAAAGCCUUGAUGAUUAUUUACAUAGCUCGGAACUAACUGCUACUUCUUCCCAGGCCAAACAAUUCACUGAUAGCCUUGAAGAGAAUGAAGUCUCUGGUGAGCACUUGUUCUCUAAGAGAAUGGUCAACAUCGAUCAUCAUGUGUGCAGGCAAGUCAUGUGGAAUAAAAAGAGAAAUAUAUGUAAUACUCCGAUUCCAGAAAGUUCCACCGAUGUCGAGGAUACUGAGCAUUCUCAACUCAGCUACUACGAGUCCGCUCAAGAAAGCUGUUCAACAAAGGCAGAAGUUAAAAGCGUGGAAAGUAAACCCAGAACUCAAGAUCCGUCAAAAGCCAAUAACACGAUGCCCCCCCCACGCUCUUUAAAAUUAGAGCCAUCGUCCAUCAGUCGUUCACCACAAGCACCCUCGCCCGAGAAUGGGUUUGCUGGUUGUAAUAUUCAGAGGUCAUGGUCUUUUCACCAUCAAUCAACUGAGCAUGUUCAUAUCAACGUGGGAACACCUGAUACUAACCGGCUACAACCUUCUGCUGCUCAAGCUGUGGCGGACGCACAACAAACCCUCCCACAUCAACGGCUCCCAAACCCGCCCGGUGCACCAUUCCACAGUGCCCCGGCGUUCACGUGCCCAGCACAUGCUCACAGGCGGUACUGUGGCCUCAGUCCACUUGGUUCCAUUUCAGAACACAGUUACCAGUCUUCUCAAAGUUUAAAACUCAUCAGCUCUACCGGAGAUCGUUAUUUGCCAGACAGUAUCACAACUAAACAACAAACUUUGAUGUCGUCAGAUACAUAUGGCCAGUCGGGUCUCACCGGUGAAACACUCGCACAGACUCUCAAUAGUCCAAUAGUUAAACCUGAUCCACAUUCUCCUACCCAUGGGUUUCAUCAUGCCACAGGUCCCAAAAGUGUCUACAAGCCUAGAGAUGGGCAAGUCAUUUCAUCACCAUCAACAUCAGAUAAGUCAGCUGUGACAACACUCCCGCACGGUCUCAGUGUUCCAACAUAUCGUCUACACACUCCUACCGACAGGCCCUGUAACCUCACGGGUCAUGUCAGUGCACACCUCAUUUCAUCAGCACCAGAUAAUUCAGCUGUGCAAUCUGACUGUGCCAGUCAUGACUUUGAAUUAAAUAGAAAUUUGACUGAAGUUCAAGGUGCAUCCCUACAACAUUCUGAUAUGGCAGAUUUACCUUUAUCAAAUGUGGAGAAUAUGCUUCAGGAAAAGUUACAUAUAAAUGAUUCUGAAUCUGACAGAAACACCUUUUCCAGUCUUCUUAGGACAGCACCACUGCCGCCACCACCUCCUCCACCGCCACCCCCUCCACCACCACCCCCUCCUCCACCACCUCCACCCCAUACUCACAUAACUGCGAACAACUCAAAAGUGAAAAUUAGAUUCACUGGGAGGAAUCUCAUUGGGACUUCCCUUGCAACCAAUACUGUUAAGGCUCAAGAGGAAAGUGUCAUAACUCUGCCCUUUCUUCGGCAUGUUGAUAAACCUGAGACUGUCAUACUUCGGCCACCUGAAGUCACCAUCUCUCAGCCACCUCAGCUACAUCAACCUCUAGCACAAGUGCUAAAAAACGAUGCAGCUCCAGUUCAUCAUCUCAGUCAUGGUCCUCAAACCACUGGAAACACAGACUUCGAUGACGCCACCCCUUUCCAGAGACAUAAAUCUUUAUUUAAAAGUUCCCUCCAAAAAGUUGAGCAACUGAGAAACCCUCCACCAAGAGGAGCGCAACAAGCUGCAGACCCACCUUCCCCAGAACAUGCCAGGGUCAAGUCUAAAGUGGCAGCCCUUCAAGGUCUACUUGAACAAACGGCUCUGAACAUUAUUGAACGUCAGAGAUACAAUCAGUGUCCAGUGGAUCAGAUAAGCCCUGCACAAGAACCUACGAGGCCAUCAGUCCACUCCAUCAGAAGGUCUCCUCCAGCAAGUCAUUCAAGAACUGUGACCAAUGUUGAGGGCAUCCAAGUUAAACUUCUUAAUUCUACAGCCAUUGCCAGAUUGGACGGGGCUGAACCUUCACCAGGUCCCAGCCACAGCCAGCUGGCCAGGGAGAAGUCUAUUGAAGAGACUCCUACUUAUCAGGCCGCAAGGCUUAUCUUACAAGCACAUCUGAAGCAAAGGAACAAUGAGACUGGUCCCAGACAGCCACUGAAAGAUCAAUCUAAGUUCCAGUCUGAGAUAACAGAGAUGAUGAAGCAAGAGCUGAGGCAAGAGAUGAGGCAGCUUGUCCAGAAAUCUGAGACACCCUGCAUGCAGGAGGGGCUAUGUCAUCACCCCCACAGCCAUCAAGGUGGUGCAGUGAAUUAUAUGCCAUGUCACAGUAGUAAUUUACAAUCUCAAUCUCAUACACAGUGUCAGAAAUCAAAAUCAAAGCAAGUGAAUGUUGCACAUAGUACACAUGAAAAUCCCAUGCCUUUGAAGUUUGCUAAUGCUGUGUCUAACUCAGACUUGAUAAAAAAGACACCUAGAGCAGACAAACUGGCCCCACUGAAUUCAAAUAUACUACAAGCCCAAACGUCUCAUCCAGGUGAUAGAGAUGAAAUCAAACCCGGUGCACCUGCAUCAAACCCAAGGAAGCAAGGAGCAGAGACGUCUUGGUUUUCUUUCUUGGAAACUUUUCUUCCUUACUUUGAAACAAUUGAGGAAUGCCUCGAUCAUGUUGCGGGGGAAAUCGGUAAAAUUUUAGUUGCAGAGAUAGUGGAGCUAACACAUGAGGAAAAAAGACAUGGCAAUGGUGCAUCAUCUGUUGAGGAGCUGUCACCAGCCAUAUCAAACAGGGAGCUAAAACUUUCACCAGCAAGAUCUCACAGGGAGCUAAAACUUUCACCAGCAAGAUCUCACAGGGAGCUAAAACCUUCACCAGCAAGAUCUCACAGGGAGCUAAAACUUUCACCAGCAAGAUCUCACAAGGAGCUAAGGACAGAAAAUCCUGGAGGAGGAAAUGGAUCAGUGGAGCAAACAAAGAAUCCCUUACAAUCACUGACAAUGGGACAAGCGCAAUCAGAAAGCCCACAGAGUUAUUCAAGAAGAGAUUUGGUGAUGAUGGACAGAGAUUCUGCAGCAAACCCUACUGUCUUUUACAGCUGUCAUUUGCCUUCCCACCAUCAGAACCACUUGCAGUGCCACAACGACGAGGACACAAGCAGAGAGGCAUCAGAGCUUGCCUUUGAGAAUGGUUUAGUCCAUAACUUGGACAGCAGCAAUGCCAGGAGCAGCGUAUCAACCACUCUGGGUAGACAUAUUUCUCACAGGCCUAGAAGCUUACUUUUGAAGAACCCAUCCAGACACAGCAACCACAGUGAACACGAUUCUUUGGCACACAACUCUCACAGGAAAGCAAGCCUGACUGUGCACUCGGGCUCCAACCAGAGCAAGAGCUGCAGGAAGUGUCGAGCUGAAGCCAGACUGAAAGCUCUAGGUUCUCACAGCCAGGAUCAUGUCGCCCGCCCGCUUUACCCCAAAUUGAAGACCAACUCGUUCCACUUCCUGCAAGCCCCGGGAGAAAGUAAUGUACAGCAGCAGGGAAGUGGCCAAAGUAUAUCUGAAAAUACUUUGUCAGGGAAGCUGUCAUCUUGUUAUGAGAUGGAGGAUGAGAGUGUCUCCACAGAGGACUGCUUUAGUGAGCCAGCUUGUGCCAGUGAGGCACCGCAUGCUGGAACCUGUAGCAAGCCAUCCAAGAAAACAAAACUAAAAAAAGCUCUGAAGACCAUGCACAGGAGCCUAUCUGACAUGAAAGAAAAGAAAAGAUUGCAGCCUCCUCUUGUCACGGCUGCUAUGGCAUCAAGCCAAAAGGAAGACACAGAUUUCCUUGUGGAGAAAAGUCUCAGAGACCACUCUAUAUCUCAGUACCAAAGCAUAAGGCAGCCUUCCGCUAAGGAUGAUCAGCCAAGCAUCAGUUGCUCCGAGUUCAAAACUGUCAACUCUUACACUAGUGACCAGCCAACCAUCUUCCUUGAUACAGUACCUUCAAGACAAUCAUCUGAUGUUCAGAAAAUCCCAACAAAUCUAUUAACUGAUGUUCAGAAAAUCCCAACAAAUCUAUUAACUGAUGUUCAGAAAAUCCCAACAAAUCUAUCAACUGAUGUUAAAAAAAUCCCAACAAAUCUAUCAACUGAUGUUCAGAAAAGUCCAACUUUGCCUGAGGCAAAAGAUGUCGAAUCUGGUUUAUCAGGACAGCUGAGAACAAUCAAUAGCCUGACCCAUUCGCCUCGAAGACCUGCACCAACAUUGUCAGAGUCAAUACGCAAGAGACAAAUCACAAUUCUCAACCUUGUGGAAUCGAUGUCUGGAGUAAAUCAGUCAAACAGGGAAAUGUCAAAGCAACAGGAAAUGUCACAGCCUUGCACUUCUCCAAUACCACCCAGCACUUCUCCAUUACACCCCGGCACUUCUCCAUCACAGCCUGGCACUUCUCCAUCACAGCCCGGCACUUCUCCAUCACAGCCCAGCACAUCUCCAUCACAGCCCAGCACUUUGAGAAAAGCAAAACUUAUUCCACUGAGACCUGCACCAAAGCCACCUGUGUCUAAUACAGAUCAAGCGUCAUCAAAGAGAGCAGCAUAGAGUUGUACUUUCGCAUUUACUGACUCCAUCAAAGUAGAUCUCCAUCGAAGCCUGUCAAAUAAAUGUUAGACAAAAAUAGGUGGACUUCAAAGCCUUUAACAUAGAUUUUCCUUACAAAACCCCAGAAAAUAAAUUUUAUUGACAAAGUGUCUCCGUCAAAGCCUGUUUCUUAAAUUGAGUAAGUUCCUGGUAUUUUUCUUUGAAUGUCUUCACGUUUGCAGAGUUUUAAAUAGCUAACUGUUUUGUUAUAGAGCUGAUGAUUAAUGUACCUGUCUAUUUACUGUUAUCCUGACAAAAAUAAGUCUCCAUUAAAGCCUGUAAAGAACAAGCUACUGACCAAAUUAGAUUUCCACCACAGCCUAAAAAAUAAAUGUUACUGAGAAAAUGUCUCCAUCAAAGCCUGUUUCUUAAGUUGAGUAAGUUCCUGGGGCAGACCAAUGAUAUUUAUCCAAACCUGUUUACCCUCAAACUCUUAAAAUCGUACAAAAUCAUCACAAAAUCUUUUAAUACAUUAUCUUAGUAGUAAAAAAAAAACAUGAAGUAUAUAUAAUGUAUACGCCUGAAAAUCGUACAUAGCGCCAAAAUCGUAAGAGUAAACAGGUCUGUUUAUCUUUCAUGACGUCUUCAUGGCUGCAUAGCUUUAAAUAGCUGUUUUGUUAUGGAGCCAAUGUAGAUUAAUAUACUUGUCCAUUGACUUUUAUCCUGAUUGACUGAAUGCAUAUUUUUAAUUUUAUUUACCGGUUGGUCAAAAUCAAUGAUAAGCCAAAGUUUUCUGCAAGUUUAAAUUCACAGCAGCUGUGACAACCAUUGCAUACCGUUAAAUUACCGUCCUGUGACUGAAAAUAUCAUGUAGAUGAGUUAGGAUUUGGUGGGGUUUGUAAAGUUGGAUUGAUGUAUCAAUUCAAUGCUCCAGUCAUAGCUCUAAUAAAGCUAUGAAUUAAUGUUAAGUCAUGUCCAUCCAUUUAGUUUCACAGAAACUCAAGUCUACUUAUAAAUUCUUCAGUAAUGCUUAACAGAGGCGUAGCUAGAGUGUUUAGUGCCCGGGGAAAAGAUUCAUUUUAAAGCAACUCCCUUCCUUUUUUCAAAUCUCAAAUCCAUUAUUUUCAAAAUAAAAUAAUAUCAAAGCACAUUUUGGCACCUCUAACUAGUCUCACGCCCAGGGACAUCUGUCCCCCCCCCCCCACCCCAGCUACGCAUCUGAUGCUCAAUAAUGUUAACCUAACGCCCAAGCUACACAAAUGGUAAAUAAUUUCAUAAUAGCCAACAGAUUUAUAAAUAGAUAAUAUUAUCAUACAGAUCAAGAUCCCAAUUCAUGGAUGAACUCAUUAAAAAUCUAACUAUUUGUAUCGGACUUUUGUUUUUAAAAAAACAAUAUUACUGAUGGAUCAAAUGGGUCAGCAAAAAAAAAAAAAUUAUAUGCCACUUAUUGCAACUCAGUUACUUUUACACUAAAAAAAAAUAUUUUUGACAAAGAUUGGGGGAAAAAAAUUAGUGUUCCAUUUCUACAUGUUUUGAAUUUCAAGUGGUGUAAAGUUCAUUUUGUUUGUGACUUUUCUUAAAACAUGAAUCUGGACAAACAGGGUGAAAUGAAAGUGUAAAAAUGAACAGUGCAGCAAAUAUUUAUUUGAUUGAAAUGUCUUGCGUCUGCUCAAUCACAUAAAAAAACGUUAUAAACCUAGAACUCAGCUAUGCUUAGUUUUUUUUGGUACUAAAAUGUUAAUUAUUUUAACUUAAACCUUUUGACCAGUGAGCUACAUGCAUUUGAAUAACAAUGAUUUUCUCAACGUUGUUUUCUUUGGAGCUUAAUGGUGGCAUUUUUAUAUUUUAUGAUUAAGUAGCAUUCACACCGGAGUCAGCUACAGAAGCCUCCAAAAAAAGCUCCAACGAAAACAAGAUCUUGCAGAUCAUUGAUAUAAAUAUCUGAUUGAUAAGUUUAAACGAAACUGUCAGUAAGACUUGGAGAUCAUUUCUGAGGCUUUCAAGUUUGAAUGCCACUGUUCUAAUCUAUGCAUUCAUGAUGUGGCCUUAGUAUAGAAUCACACAGUCCAAUUUUGUAUUGAUACAACUAUUGCUGACUCAUGUUUUUAAAUAUAUUUAUUUCAUAUGUUUACAAUUAUCCUUUCUUCUAUUGAGAAAUAUGUCCGGACAAAAGCCGACAUUAACUUAAAAUAUUUAUAUUUAAUAUAUUUACAUUCCCAAUUGUGAGAGUGAAAAAACUACUGGUAAAUGCUCCUUCAGCAAAAGAAAGUAAUUCAAUUUUGUGCCUACAUGUUUCAUCUUGAAAAAUCUAUUUUGAGAAUAUACAUUAUUUUUUUUAAAGUUAAAUUCUUUGGCUGUGACAUAAACAUGUUGUAUUGUGCUCCUUCUGUCUUUUUUACUCUUACUUUUUAAAAAUUUUAGGCUUCAUGGUAAAGCGUGAUAAAUUUUGUUUCUCAAAAAAAAAAAAAAGGAUUUUAAUUUUUGAAAAGUAAAUUAAUUUUUUUAUUGUGUCUUGAAUAAUUUACAUUUCUUUAGCAUAAUAAAUUUUAUUUCAUAAAAAUUUUAUCAACUCUGUUGUUGCUGUAAAUAUAGAUAACAAUAUUUGUUUGAUGACUGAGUCAAUCCGACUUUUAAAUAUUUGACAAAAAGGUCUUCUCAAGACCUAUACUUCAUCUUUUGAUUGAUACCUGGUAGCAGAAUUCAUUUGGAUUGUUGGAAAUUCUUUCUUCAUAAAUGAAGCUAGAUAUACUUACCAAACGUGCCCAAGGAACAAACUUGUUUGGCUAAUAUGCUUUGUCUGAAUAUAUCUACAUAAUCAAAUUCCCAUUUGUUGACUUGCAUUUUUUUUUAAUCAAAUGUCUUCCAUCAACUAAUUUGACAUUUUUCAUGUGAUGAUAUCAUCA